AAGACUGUUAGGCAUAACUUUUUUGCUUGGUGGAAAGUUUUAUUGAUGGAUUUUCUUCCGAAUGUAUACCAGUUGGACAUUGCAGCCAGAAGGUAUUUUCUAUUUAUGAGAGUUGUUUUCAAUCACAAAGUUUGUUAAUGGAAGGUAAGGCUAUACUCAAUAUAUGAUAACAGAGUCUGAGACAAAAUUAUGAAUGUGAGUCGGAAACCAGUUUUAGUUAGGGCAUUUGAACUUGUAUAAGUAAGCUAUGUGUACAAUUCACAGUGUUUAUCUCCUUGUGAGAAAAUUAUUUGUAUUGUGGAGGAGGCUGUGCUUAUUUAUAAACGUAUAUCUUAUGGUGAGAUUGGUUUAAAUAGCUCAGAAUAACUCUGUUAUUGUGGGUGGGGGGCACUGCUUCUCUGGUGAUGUGUAGUUCGAUUUUUCGAAGAACGGUAAUUGUAUUAAAAUAUCAUUCUUUUAAAAAGACAUCAGUUACCAAAAAUAUUCCCACUAGAUUCUUUCCUAGCUUGAGUUUUUAUGUACACAAAGGACAGAUAAAAACACAAUUAAUGUAAAAAGACACUGUGCACCACCAAGUAUGAAUAAGGAUGAGGUGCAAUUGCUCUAAAAAUGAAAUCCAAGUCGAAGUGUGUUUAAAUGAUUCAUUUUGCCCACCAUCAUUUGUAUCUGCACAUUAUGAACUGUUGAAAGGUUUGUGGUUAUCGUGUCAGAUUGCUUGAUGUUGGCACAGGGCAGGGUUUAGUGUAGGUUAAAUAUUUCUGAACUGACUUUUUAUGUGGAUAUUUUUGCCUCUUUCCUUGCGCAGCAGAGGACGAAUCUGCUACGCGCGCCCAAGUCAAGUUCAGACGUGAAUGUUGCGUGAUAUUAUUAUUAUUAUUUUUGUAAAGAGUGGACUCGAUCGUCCCCUUCCUUAUGGAGCUUCUCCCGGCUGGAUCCCGCGUUUUGUCGUCCGCUUCGGGCUUCUCGUAAGAAACCUCACUUAAAAGAAACUGCCCCGUUCAGAGGGGCUUAAAUCCGCCCCCCCCCCCCCAAUAUCCCCCAAGGCUCUCGGCUGAGGAAAGCUAAUUAUGCUCUCUCUUGCUCGGAAGGUGGAGAACUGGCUUUCCCGUGCCUCUUCUCCGAAGCUAUAAAUGGUUUGGUGGUGAUGGUGCCUCAGAAGCAGCAGCAAAGCGAGAGAGAGGGAGAGGGAGAGAGAGAGAAAUCCCGCGCGCUUCUUGACAGGGCGCGCUCGGGCCGCAUUCUUCCCCCACAGCUGUUUAUUCACAUACCGCGGGAUCCUUCAUUUGCAUACCCAAACUGCUCGCCAGCAAAGCUUUGCCUCUGAGGCAAGCCAGCCCAGGGCUCUCUCGGUUCGAUUGUGUUAGCAUUUAUUUAUUUUUUAAGGACAAGAGAAUAGCUGUGGUUUGCAUUACAAAUAAACAAAAGGGGGAGAAGGAAAGAGAGAGAGAGAGAGAGAGAGAGAGAGAGAGAGAGAGAGAGAGAAGCCUCGAGGCAGACCUACAAGACUGGGCAAAAAAAUAAAAUAUAAAACCACCUAUAUGGAGAGGGGGAAGAGAUGAAGAUUGGGCUGCCGCUCCUUUGUCUGCUCAGCCUCCCCACAGAUAAUAUCUCCGGCCGCCUUCGCUGAGGAGCCGAGCGGGAGAGAGAGAGCGCGCGCGCCGCGGCUUCUUCCCGAAGCGGCGUUUGAGCGGGAAUUUCGGAGCGGCGGCGGCGGCGUCCUCCUCAGAGCUGGGUGCUGCCGCUGCCGGAGACGGGCCCCUCGGUGCCACUUCCGACUUUAAGCCUUCCUGGGAAAGCCCUCGGUGGCUGUUUUCAAUUUCUUCGCCGAAGACACAGCGCCCUCCCUCAGCUCCGCUCCCCACAGCCACCCCACCUCUCUCUCCCUCCCUCACACACACACACACUCGCUUGGCAGGCACAGCCCGCGGCGGCGGCGGCGGCAGCAGCAGCAACAGAAGUCAGUCAGUCCAGUCAGUCUCUCGCUCGCUCCUCAGCCACCCUCUGCUCUCAACUCGGAUUUUUUCCCUCCAGACUGAGCUGCGCUUCUGGUCGAGGGGGGACUUAAAAAAUAAAAUAAAAAGUAAAAACUUUUUUUUUUUUUAAAGCCCAAACCAGGCUAAAGAGAGAGAGAGAGCUUUACACCCAGGAAUUUUUAAAAAACCAACCAAAACAAAACUAUGUGAGCAACGGUUGGUUGGGCUUUAAGUUAAGCGCCAGCGUGAAGGCAGCCCAUAAUACUUGGUGGAUGCAGCAAAGCCGUUCACUGUAAGUACGAACCCGGCUGUUUCAAAAACUGCAUGGAUUUGACAACAGCUGCCCCAUCUUGCAAAACAGGGAGAGAGGAAGGACACUUUUUUGUUUUUGUUUUUGCUUUCAGACGAAAAGCACCUUCGUCCGUGGCCUGUUUGCAAAACAAGUUUGUACUUUUCCAAGAAUCUCAGUAAUCUUCCACGACUGGAUCUCCUGCACGUUUCUUUCUUUUUCUUUCUUUCUCUUUCUCUCUCUCUCUCUCCCCCCCCCCAACUCCCAACUCCAAUUAAUAUCUAAUAUACGUCACUUUUUGCAGUUAAUUGUGUUUCCCGGCUGGCUCCCCACAAAUCAAAUGCUACAUGGCUCUCAGCUCUUUAUUUGUGUUCAGCUUGCAUUUUGUGCCUUGUGUUUGGGUUUUCUAAAGUGUUCGAGGGUCACUGAAAAUAAAGAACACAAUGCUGAGUGAUUUUAUAUAUAUAUAUAUAUAUAUAUAUAUAUAUAUAUAUAUAUAUAUGAAUUUUUAUAGACGUGGCUGAAAGGCACAAGAAUUCAGAAGAACAGAGAAAGGGGGACAUAUGGCAGAGACUGACAGCUCUUGCCGAAGCAGGAAAUCCUGCUUAAUAUGUUUAAAUGCUGGCAAAGCUCUGCUGAACCUUAAAGGAGGGCUUUAUCAAAAUGGCAAAAUAAACAGCUCCCUGACAAUAUUAUAUAUGACGUUAGGUACUGCUGGAAACUCAACACUUCGAAUUAGGAAACGACCUCUUUAAAGCCCAGGCAUACUUUACAUCAUGUUUAUGAAUCUGCUUACUCACGAAAUUUAUAAGAAUGUUUUUCUUGAAGCUGUUUUAUGAACGUCAAAAUAUUCUUUAAAAAAAUCCAAAAAACAACAACCAGCCAUCAAAUUAUAUAAAAUUACCCUCGAGCCCAAAUUUUAGGUGCACUUUAAUGGGGAGGGGGAGUGCAGAAGUCACUUUUAAAGCCAAUAAUAAAUGUACGUUUAUCUUUUAAUGAAAGGAAAGUCCAGAUGGUCAGCUUUAGGGAUAAUUUUUUUAGAUCAUCAGAAUGGUGUGAGUGUGUGUGACUUGUUUUGUUUUUUGUCUCUCUCCCCCCUCCCCUUCAUGCAUACUUUCUGGAAUCUGCAUUUUAAGGUUUCUUGGAGGUUUCUUUCUACUAGCCUCAAGAGAAUUAUAGAUUUCAUAAAUGCAUGACGCUGUGUGUGUAUAAAAUACAUAUUAAUGGAAUUUUGGCAUUACCUGAGGUUCAGCUUUGUUGCUUAAUGACCUAUCUUUAGCUUUAGGAAGCUGAAAACCCAGCACUGUGACAGAUUUUUUUUAAAAAAACAAGCCAUUGUUUCAGUUGUGGUGGUCGCAGCAGGGGUUAACACAGAUCCAAAUGAGAGGGAACAAAUGAGUGGGGUUUUGUUGAAUGUUUAAUAGUAACUAAAAAGUUGUUACACAAAGUGCAACAUACAAUGCAAUGCUGGGCAUGUUUACUUGGAAGUAAGUACCAUUGUGUACAAACUAAGAGACUUUAAGACUGCAACUUCAAAGUUACAUUUUUGUUGUUUCAGAAGCAUUGUCACAGUGACAUAUGUCUUCUGUUUUUAAAUUUCAGUGAUAUGUCAAAAUUUCAGAUGUAUUUAGGGAGAUUAUCAUUAUAAUAUUCUGUUUGGGGGAUUGAUGCACUAAUUUAAUCUAGUUUUAAUAAUAUGGUUACAUUUUUAAAGCACAUGGUUUAAAAAAGUGCAUUUAAAUACUUUAGCAUUUGGAGGUAGCCCUUAUUGAAGAUUGGCAGGGUUUUGUAAAAUACUGAAGUUAAGAAUUGUGGUUUUCUUCAUUUUUUAAAUUUCCAUUUUUGUCAAUGUUUUAUGUUGAAGAUGUUAACUUUGCGGGGGGAAAUGCAGUUUCAGAUAUAAAAAAAUAUGAUUAGAAAGUUCCCAUUGUCUUUACGAUUUCUGGUUUAGAUCACAACUGUGGUUGAAAGUAAGUUACUAACUCACAUGUGAGCUAUAUUUGUUUGAAUAAGCAUAGCAUUUUUUACUUUGAUUUUUUUCUUUCAGCUGGAAGAAAUGUUCUAAAUUAUAGUCAUUUUAUAAGAAUUGCUUCUAGCAAGUGAAAAAAAGUCUGGAAAACCAAUAAUUUAGACAAGUACCUACAUUUUAUUUGUUCUAUGGUGCUGAGAUUUAGAAUCCCUUCCCAUUUACAGUUUACUUUUCACAGAACAUUAUUAACUUUUUGGCUUCGUACAUGAUUUUCUGUCAGAUGCUUUUGAUUUGUAAUUUACCAAAGUAUAAUAAACAGUGCAAAAGUCAUGAAUUUUCUCCUGCAUCUUGAGCUCUGUGGUAGGGAAAAUGUGAUAAAAUGUGUACCUUAAGUCUUGUUUGAUGAUCUCUCAAAGCAAGUUUGCCUUCUGGAAAUAAUUUCUGGGGUUGAAGAGCAUGGUAUUAACAGAUUUAAUGUGGCUAUUCAGUGGAUUGGUGGAGUACUAUGUGAGGUUUAACAAAAUGAGAGCGACAAAUUGAACAUCAACAAAACCUACAUCUGUGAAGAAUUAUAAAUUUAAUUAGAAAAAACCCAAAAUUAAAAGAUCUCAUUAACUAAUCAGAAUUAGACGUUACUGCUUUAAGAUACUUAAGUGUCAUUUUGGUGUUAUUUAAGAUGCUAGUAGCUUUGCCAUCACAAUCCUUUCUUUUUCAUUUUAGAAAUACUAAGAGGCAAUGUUAGUCAAACAUUUUUUAGCCUUUUAAAGCCACUUCCUAAGUAGUAAUCAUGUGAUUUUUCAUAAGGAGCAAUAAGUUUUAUUUAAAAUAUUGUUGGCCUGAUUUCCCUGGGCAUAGCAUUUGCUCAUUGUAGCAAUUCUCCCUCCCAUUUUUAAAGUAUUCUUUCUUGAGUAGAUUUUAAUUAUUGCUGUAAUCUUCCUACUUGUGUAAUAAUUAAUGAGCCAUAGAAGACCAUAUACUUUGUUGGUAAGGCUGUAUUAGAUGACAGUAGAUGCAGACAUAUUAAAGUAGCAGUAACGGUGAAACGCUAUUCAUACAUAUGUUGCUUUCCAAAAACUGGGCAUCCUAAGUGCAGUUACUCACUGCACUGUAAUUUUGCAUCCUGCAUAAAAAAUUGAAAGCAUGUAAAGUGUAGCAUUUUGUAAAUUGUAACUAAUUUCACCAACAUCUGUGUCUAAUUGUUGUCUGCAUUUGCAUUCUUGAGAGUAGAUUUAUUUUUCCUGUACCACUAUGUGGAUUCACUUGACCAAUCUAAGUAAGGAUUAGUAGUUUUAAAGUUAUUUUGAUUAAAGAAUCAUUUUUAAAUACCAUAACACACAACACAUGGUUUAAAUAAUCCUUAAUAGGAAAAGGACUGUAACUGAAGUAUGACGAAUGAAAAUGAAGGUCUUGGAUAUGAACUCUCACAGCUUACAGAAUCUUAAAAAGAUAUGCUAAUAUCUGCAGCAUAUGAGAUAUAUAUAUAUACACUAGUAGUUAUUUAAAGACAGAGGUAAUAGAAUAUUUUCAGAACAAUUUUUGUUCAUUGUCUGUAAUUGACAAAUUAUAUUCUACAACAUCAGCAAAAUAAUAUACAAAACAUUAAUACAUAUUACUAGAAGUUCAAUUAAAAUUAUUAUAUUUAAAUGGCCCUCCAUAUUGUUAAUAAGAGAUAACUGUAAAGUAUGCAUCGUUCCCUCCUAUAAUUUAUUAAAGGUGUACAGAAGUACAAGGAGAGAACAUAUCCUAAAGCCAUUCCACCGCAGUGUCUAGGGUUAAGGGUAAAAAGUUUCCAUCUUACACUUGGGUCUUUUGUAUUUUCCUUUUUAAAAAAUGUCUUAGCUGUUGCAAAUACACAUUUCAUACUCCAGUUUGAUUUGGUUUGCUAUGGUCUAUUAAAAAGCACACUAUGCAGCAUUUUAAAUACCUUUGGUGGGGGGAGAGUUACAGUUUUCCUAUCUGUGUUAGUACAUGCUUUUUGCUAUUGUGUGUAACAUUAUAUGUUGUCUGGCUGCUUAUACGAGUGGUGUACUCCUGCUAAAGUAGUAAUUCUGUCUGUGAUUAAAAAUAACAAAAACUAGAGGCACACAAGUGAGAUUUUCCUGGAUGACUUUUAUGGCACUUAAAAUGCCUCAUCUUGCUUGUCUUUGUUCUGUGAUCAUGUAAGAGAUGUCAGUUCAGGUUGGGUGGAAUUCUGAAUUCAGACAUUUAGACAAUGUAUGUCCUUGCUGGGGAAGUUUUGUUUGUGCUUUCAAGCCAGCAGCCAGUCUUCACCUGGGCUUUAUCACCUGCUGGCAGUUGUUAGUGGCUUUUUUGGCGGGUGUGUGUGUGUGUGAGAGUGAGUGAGUGUGGAAACUGGUAUCAAAGGCUAUUCAUUUAAACACAACCUUACACAUUUUUUAAUAACAUGCAACAGCACUGCACUAAACCAGUGAGGGUCUAGAUUUCAAACAUUAUUGAAUCUCUCGUCCACCCUAGUCCAAAGAGUGUACAUUCACAGAGAAUGCAAAAGAGCAAUUCAUGACCACAGAGUUCAUUUUAGAAAUAUAUUUUUGCAUACUGCUCAUAUUCAUUCAUUCUGAAGUGUAUGCUCUUCUUUUUUGUUUAACUUUAUUGUAGGAAGAGGUGCAGAUAAGAGGAAGGGGAAUUUCUGGCCUAGAUAAACAUAAACAUUCGGAAACUUUCAGUCAAAUUAUAGGAGCAUAGCAUUGCAUUUGACUUUAAAUCCUUCAGCGUUGGUUUGCAGUCUUCAAAGUUGGCUGGAAACUGGACUUGCAAACUUAAAUGACGGAGUGGAAGGAGGAGGGAGGGAUGAAAACUAACAUGAUAAGGAUAAGAGACUGUCAAGAGUUAAAGGAGUGGGAGGGUGCUGUGUUUCAGCCAGUGAUAACAAAAACUGAAAGAUCUUCAGAGGAUGCUGGGGGAAAGCAUUAGGGAGCUUCUUCCCUUUGCUAGAUAUAUUUUCUCUGUUAAUAGCUACCUUACCCAGGCACCUCUUCCUAAACUACCUUAGCAAGACUGCUUUGCAUGUUGAUUGGGGGAGGGGAAAUCCAGUGUGCAGCUGUCAUAGGCCAGUGAUGAAUCACUAUCCCGUCAUUUGGCUGCCUUCCCCAUGACAUGGGCAAGGGGGGGUGUGGAUAGACCUGCUGGAGGAAACAACAGUUGAGGCUUCAAUUUAAAGACAAUAUGUCUUUCACUGCAGCAGUAACCCCCUCCUUCUCUUUUGGUUAAAAGACAGCAUUACCAUCCCCAGGAAGAUUUCUUUGUUUAGUUAGAUUAAGACCUGACAUGAACGUAGAAUAACAGAGGCUUCUAUUUGUGUCCCUGGUUUGCAGGUGCAAAAAUCCCAAACCAGUUCAGAUGUUGCUGUUUCAUCCAUUUGCAGGUAAGGAUAAGAUCAAAGUGGCCUUUCUGUAGGGGGAAAAAACUACUUAGAAUGAAGUUAUUUUACUCCAUGUGAAAGAUAUGAAUGAUAUUCGAUUGUUGUUCAUUUUAAACUGGAGAAUAUUGUUUCACUGCUUUGAGAAGUAAUUUAAAUAUGCACUUUUAAAUAAAGGUUCUACUCAGCACUAAAAUGUUUUAUAAUUCAUGUAUACACUUCUGUGUAUUUUAAAAUUGUUUGGAUUUGGUCAUGAAAGUAACACCAGUAGUCUAGCAUUUAAAAGGACUCCAACUGGUAAUUUUUAAAUGGAGCAUUAUUAGUGAGAAAAUUUGUAGUGUAAAAGCAAUAUAACUGUGGAAAAUACAUAUUUAUGUUAGAAAAUGUGCAAUGGAAUUCUGUGCAUGCUUCCUUGGUAGUAAAUUCCACUGAGUUGAGUGGGGUUUACUCCUAAGGAGGUGCACAGCUUUGCAACCAAAGUUAAACUGAUUUGGGGGACUUCAAGUAUACUGUGCAAACUUUUCCUGAUAAUAUUUAAUCCAAAAAUAUUACGAAAGCAAAAUAUGUUAGCAUAUUGUAAACUCUGGGCUUAAUGCAAACUGAUACUUCAUUACAUAGAAAUGAAUAAAGUGUUCCAAAACUUUCUUCAUGCCGAAGGGCCCUUAUUCUAGAGUACAUGAUUUGAACAUUGCCCCUUAACUAUAUUAUGCAGAUCUUCUAUUCAGUAUAAAUCUAAUGGAAGUUGAGUAUUAUAAAAGAUAUUAUGAUCAGGAAUCGUAAGCACAGUUAAGAUACAAGAAAGGCAAUAUAUUCUAUAAAAUAUUGACAAUUUGCACUGAUUCUGUUCUUGUUUCACUUUAAGUGACAGUUCAAGUACUACAAAGUGCUAAAGCAUACUAAUGCCUGUAUGGAUUCACUGUAUAUUGGCCUUAUCCCUUUUCAAUUGGGCACGCUUUAUGUAAUCCACAAAGCAAACAAGAGAGCAGACAUAAUAAUGUUUUAAUGCUGCAUUUGUUUCAACGGAAACAGAAGAACAAUUAAGUAGUUUGCCAGAGUAAACACAUACAUCAGGAAUAUCUCAUUCCUUGUCAGUUGAGCGUAGGUUCAACUAUUGCUUCAAGUGUUUUAUUUGGUUUGGAGGCCCAUUAAAUCGUAAUUGGGUGGUAAAUUAUAUGCAAGCGAACAGUGUGACUGUAUUGCACUUGGGAUGUACUUUUCAAUGCAUUUUCAUUUUUGUCUCUAAUUUUGCGCUUUAUAAAAAUGUGUAGACAAGCAGGUAUAAAUGUAUUUUAAAUCUGUUAAGGAUUGUGUAUUAUACAAAGCCAUUAUGAAAUGAGUGUAUGAAACGACUCAAAAAUGUAAGGCAAACUAAGGAAGUAAUAAUGUGUAUGAAAUAGUAAAAUCAAUGGUAGGACAUGGGUUGUACUUCCACAGUCAGAUCUGAAAGCAGUAGUCAAUUUUUCUACUCACUUUUUUUUUUUAGGUCUAUGGAAAUGCAGGAUCUAGCCAGCCCUCAUAGUCGACUAAGUGGUAGUAGUGAAUCUCCCAGUGGUCCAAAACUUGAUAAUUCUCACAUAAAUAAUAAUUCCAUGACACCCAAUGGCACAGAAGGUGAGUUGUUGGUGGGGUUUUUUGUGAUAUGAUGGGUUUACUUUAGACCUCAAUUUUCACUGAGAUGGUAAAUGUGUGUCUGGACUAUGCCACUUCGGAUUAAAGGUGGGGGCUUUCAUGACAGAAUACUCCUUCAUACAACAACAGUCUUCUGCACAUAGACAAAGCAGCAUGUCAGGGAAAGUAUCCUUCAGCUUCCUGCCAGCUAGCUUUCUAUCUGGUGGAUUUUACUAUUAUUUUGGAUGGAGGAGCUCCCAUCUGGAAACUGAAAUGGUAGAGCCUUUACACACUAGUUUACCACCUCAGAUUGCCAGGCCUUACCUUUUUAUUAGAUAUGAAAUACUGUAUAACUAGAUAACAUUCCAAUGGUUAUUCAUGAGCACUUACUGAAGUUUGACUAUAGCAAUGACAGUGAUGAGAAACAUCUAUCAAAUGAGUUAUCCAUUUACCUACUAUUCCCCUGCCCUUUACCCAAAACAUUUUUUUUGGUCUGAGUUCUAACUGAAGACUAUUUGGGUUAUCAGAUUAUACUUUUAGCCUCCAUUCCCUCUAAAUCUAAUGGAGCUGCAUUGUAUUUUGUCAGUUAGACCAUUUUUGUCCCCUUUCUCUAAAUUAAAAUAAUGCAAAUUUGUAUCUUUAGGAUUGCAACCUUAGUCAAUAUUAAUGACUGACCACUGCCUUUUGGAUAAAGACAUCUGAUUGGGGAUGUAGUCAUAGCAUGCUUACCUGUGAAUAAAGAUCUUUAAACACAGAGACUUGAUUCCAGACAUGCAGAGGACUGUGCUGUUUAUCUUUUUUUGUGUGCACAUACACCACUGACUUCUGAUUUUAAAAUUGGAAUGUAAGCAUACUGUUUUAUCUUAACAAAAUCCAGAAAACUUUUCCUGUUGAUAGACACACUUACAUCGAAGUUAAGUUUUAAUGUGAUGGCUCCAAGUAAAGAGAAAAAUGCUGCACUGGUAAGGAGAAAAAGAACUCCUUUAAUAGGACCAACCAAUGUGUUCUGAAAUUGUGAUUUCCCCAGAAGUCUUUAUCAGGCAAGGUAUCCCCCAGAGCAAGGGAUAAUGGGUGCAUGAGGAAAUGAGGAAAAAUAAAAAGGAGUACAAAAAUUAGUCUGGAUGUUGAAUCAAGGUUAUAUUUUAGAGAUUGUAGACUGCAGGAACACAGCCUGAAGCACCGCCCUUUAAUUAAUUAGUUAACAAUUUAAAAAAGAAAUGGAAAACUUCUGUACAUUUUUGUACGUAUUCUUUUGGGACAUGUGUGGAAAAGGUACUAGCUUUUUCAUUUUCUUUGCAAUUUUCCUUUAGGUGACAUGACUCUGCUCAGCACUGCAGACUGGUUGUUAAAUACUAAUACACAGACCACUGCAGGUUUGUGUAGUAACGGUGAAUGCACAGUUAUUAGCAUGCGUUUUAAGGUUUGCAAAAUAUUAAAAGGUUCUGACUGAUUGUAUCUUAUCAAAACUGGAAAUGCUGUGGUUUGCCCUCAUUGAUAAAUAAGCAAAGUCAUAACCCUUUAUAUGAUUUCCAUAGGUAAACUCCCUUGAACACUACAGCUUCCAAUUUGGCAUGCAUAGGGUUAGGGUAUAAAUAUAGUUUUCAAGCAAAAUGUUAGCACAAAAGCCAAUUUCUAAAUCGGUUGCUGUGAGGCGGGAUAGGACUUUGCUUCACAAUUACUUAUAUAGUAACUAAGGAAUACACGAGAGCUGUUUUAUCUCCUUAAAAUGAAUUUGAUGUUUUUUUUGUGUUGGGAUGUAUUACUUACCCUUGUCCCUAUUUGUUUUCCUUUUGUUUAUCUGUUGGGGGUAGAGGAUAAUAAUGGUCUAGGACAGACGGUUGGAUAGUAAUAGUAACUUGGAGGCGGGCAAGAGAGUAUAAACUAUUAAAAGGAAAUCUUACUUUAAAUAAAAGUAUUUUGAAAAAUCAUAGGAUUGAUGGAGAUGCUGUUAGUGUUUGGUUUCCACGUGCUUCUCUUGAAAUUAAUGUACAUAAUGUGUAAUCUGCUUGUUUGCUGCAUGUGAGAUAGAAAGAUGUCACUGAAUAGUCAGGUGGUCAACGUCUGAUGGUAGAAUGGAUCAGAUUCUAAUGUGAACUCUGAUGUCACUCCUAUGGCAAUCUUAAUCCUGUUACAGUAUGUGUUUUAAAUUAAUUCUGAAGUAAAGUUAAGUUUUAUGUCAUUAUAGACAGGUCAAGCUGCUUUCACUGAUUUUUUUUUUUUAAAUGUACUAAAUAAAACAGCUCUGUCCAAACCCCUUUAAUUCCUUUCAAAUGUGCUGCAGGAGGAUGUGGUUGAUAGAUAUCUAUCUGUUAGUAGCUAAUAUUUUUCACUUCACACUUAGUGGUUAACCUUUUACGGCAAGAAAUUGGGAUGUAGAUGGGUGCCAGUGGUCUGGUAUAAUCAAAGUUUAGUGUUGAUUCCUGCAGCAUUAGUUCAAGAAUGAACUAAAUUAUAGAAACUCCUUGUUUCAGUAUGUGGAAAAUGUUACUUUCUUAACAUGAUCCUCAACAUAUUUCUGCAGAAGGGCACCAGGAUGUGAAAGUAUUUACUUCAGCAUUAAGUAUAGUUGCGACUGAAGUUUAUUCAUUUAGUUGUUUAACAGAGACUUAGCCAUUCUUGCAAUAAAUCAGUUAUAGAAAUAGUUGUAUGCCACAUCUAAUGGGCCAUAAAUUCAUGUUAGGAAUAUACGAAAUUUUAGUUUUCAUCUCACUCAAGCCUUGCUCUGAGCCAAGUUGGAAAACUGUAGCUUAUACCUGAUACGGGGGGAAAUAAUAAUUGGUAGUUGGUGGAACUGCAUAAGUGCUUCCCAAGAAAUAACUUUUGUGGAUAAUGAAUGAGAACAGAAUUUACCAAUACAAGAUGGGAUGUCAUGAUUGGCACAAAAAGCCUUGAUUGUUCAACCAGAUAGUGGGCAUUCCGGCAAUAGUCUAUCAAUAUAGAACUACCUAGUGCAAGAUGUGAAUACUGAAGGGAAUAAGCAAAUUUGAGUUUAAAUCAAACUGCUAAUGGCAUGAAGUGCCAUUUUAGGAUGUAAGUAGCCAUGAUUCUCAGAAUAAGAAAGGAGAACCAUUUCCUCAAUUGCUUUCUAGACUACGGCUAGCAAACAUAGUACACUCAAUACAUGUUGGACUACAAUGCCCAUCAGCCCUUACCAGCUUCUAUCUGAUCAAAAAAAUGUAUGCUACAUUCACUUCGCAGUUAAGCUGAGGUGUGUACAUUUGAGACAGGAGAUGCAUAUGCAUAGACGAGAGUUUCAUGAAUAGGAGUUAGGAGGGUGCACAUGCAUGGAAACAAAACAGGUAAUGCACAUUGGUUGAAAAUAUCCCUGCCUCCUCUCUGGUGUGUACAGCAAUCUGCAAGUGUGACUUGAAAUUUGAAAUGUGACUUAAGCAAAUGUGAUGUUUAAGCAGAGGUUGGAUGGCCAUCUGUUAUGGAUGCUUUAGCUGAGAUUCCGUCAUUGCAGGGGGUUGCGCUAGACUACCUUCGUGGUCCCUUCCAACUCUGCGAUUCUGUAAUUCUAUGAAACACAAUUAGGAAGAACAACCUCACUGAAUGAUUGGUGUUGUAGUACAUAAUGUCUGCAGUGCACCUGGUCUGUUAUACCUGCUACAGAAUAUAUAUAUUCUUUUGCAUAUAUAUACUGUGCUAAAGUUGUCAGUUGGUUUUAAUACUGUGGUAGACUAGCUGAUAUUAAAAGUUCUGUUUGGCUUGUUUUAAUAGAAAAUGGAUAACUGUAUGUGGCUGUUGUAUGUGCUGUUAUGGAAUGUGUUGAGUAUGUGAUUUAUAUUUACGUGUGUACUGCUUCAUUGCAAUUACUUCUUUUCUUGUAUGCCUGCUUGUGUAGUGUUAUUGUGAGAAAUAUUGUGCAAUGUUGUAUUGGACAUAGAUACCUUUUACAGGAAAGGUACACUGUACUCCUUAGCCCAAUAUCCCCUUGAGCAAUAGGUACAGCUCGCAAGAUGAAUCCAUUUUGUGAAAGGGAUCCUGCUGUAGGGCAGGCAGUUUGGACUUGAUAACCCACUGAACUUUAGAACCUAACACACACAAUAUAUUAUUAUGAUGCCAGCAGAUCUUUUGGGGAGUGGCUGUGUGUAGGUGGGUGCUUUAUAAGAAUUAAUGUAUUUUAGGUGGCAGAAUACUAACACCCUGGCAAUAAAUGCAGUGGGUGAAAUCCAAGAGCUAUGGGGGCAGUUUCUAUGCAUUCUAAGUUGCAGCUUCUAAGUUUGAAUCAGUUUAUGAUACUUCUGCCUAUUGAAUCAGUUUAUGAUACCCAAAACACUUUUUAUGGAAGUCAGGGACUUUUUAGGGUGGCCUCUGACGCAAUAUGUGCUUGGAAGAGGAGACAACAAGUAUUUGAUCUUUAUAUCUUUUCACAUCCCACAUUGGGACAGCUGACCUAAAAGCCAUUUUUGCAACAAACUCUGGCAAUACAUGUGGGAAAGUUGUUCUUUAGAUCUGAAAGGAAUAUGGUUUGCAUUUUCUGAAUGAGUCAUUUUAUAGGCAAGACAUAUCUCAAGUUUUAUGUUUCAUUUAUUGGACUGAAGGUGCAAGGUGUUAGAUUCUACUGUGUAUCUUAAGGAAAGAGGAAGGAUAGCAUUUGUUUUUAUUGCAGGAAUUAGGCUUUUUGUAAUAUUGUUUUAAAAACAAUAAAACAGCUUAUUAAACAUGUGUAUGAUACAUCUUUCUUUCCCCCUUUUUCUAAUUGAAAGAGCAAUCCAGUGCAGUGUUUGCACAAACUGUCCACAGUUAAAUCAUAUAGCAAUAUCUUGUUCUUUGAAAGCAUUACUUGUGAAGGUGCAUCUAUUUUAUUGUAUUUUUACACUGUCAUGACAUUUUAUACAGGAAUUCAUAAAAAAGAAUACCUGUUGCUAUAUAAUAUCUGGAAAAGAUACAGAGAUAUAAAUGGGGGGGGGGAUCAGAAUUGUUACCUCCUUUAAAAUCUAAGGCAUUUUAGGAAGAGAUACAUUUUUUUUCUCAGAAUGGAUCAAGGAAAAGUUAUAUGUGUUGCCACUGUUCAUUGAUACCAAAGUUCUUGAUACCACAUCCCUUGAAAGUUGGUUAGACAAAUAGAUUAAGAACCCUUAAAUUUUUAAUUUGUGGAAUUAAUUUCUGCGUUCUCAGAGUGUGUGCAGAUAUAAACAACGAGCAUACAAACCUUUAUGGCAAAGUUACUCAAGCAUUUUCAGCUUGGGCUCUGACUUCAAAACUUACUCUUCUUUUGGAGCCCACACUCUACAUAAAUAAUAUUUUACGCAGAUGAGCAUACAGACACCUUUGCAUGCAAUCACAGCACUUUCAUUAUGGAAAGGCUAGAACGAGAUUUUGUAUCUCUUGCUCCACUCCUAGUAACAUGUGCAGCAAUUUAACAGGAGAUGCUGUAUGUUCAAAUAUCAGAACCCUCAUUUUCAAAUCACAAUGGGAUGGUGAGGAAGGUGCUGUCACCUCACAAAUCCAGUGUUGAUCAAUAAGGGUCCUUACCAGGUCCUAGAGAGGAAGAAAGGCAGCACCUACUAAAGGUCCUAUCCGUCCCUAUAACUUGGUCCAUUCUCACAUCUGAAUGGGCUUUGACCUAUAAAUAUUGAAAAUAGAAUAAUAAUAAAAUAUAAGGCUGGAUUCAGCUACCCUGUUCCACUAGUAGAAGUCUGCUUGAGGACCCCUGCUAGUGUAAAGGGGCUUUCUGUUGUUCCCCCCUAUGACUCUCACCCCCCCCCAAAAAAAUCCACUCUAAGAGGUCAGAAGACUUCCCCACCUCGACCAAGGUACAAGGGACAGAGGGGAAGUCAUUUCAUCAAGCAAGCAGAAAUGACAGAACAAUUUCUUCAUUGCUCUGUUGAAUUCCACCCACAUACUUUAACAGAUGCUUAUUGCAAUGGUUUUAUGUGGACUUUUAAAGUGUUAUCUAACAUGGGGCAUUUGAAUGAGGUAAUUGAAAAUUCUAAUAAAUAAAUUAAGAGUGCUAUGAAUGUCCAAGAAAAAUAAUAUGUUCACUGAAUAUCACAUGCACACACAUUCUGGCUCAGUAUUAUUAUUAUUUUAAUACAUGCUAGUGUGAAGUUGUCCAUUAUCAAACCUUACAGUAUAAGAAGGAAUGGGAAAUUAUGGAGUAUUCAUGGACAGGAAGAAAUUUCAGGUGAAAUUUAGGGAUACUUAGUGCUGUUCGGAGGCUGAGCCUGCUCUGACGUACUGUCGCUGCAUGCAACAGGGAGAAUGCAACAGGGCAUGCAAAAGGAAGAUGCUUAAUUGUGAUGGGUGACAAAAACGUCUUCCAAUUUUUCAAUAUAUUUUUGCUUAAACUUCAAUAAGUCAAACAAAUUUAACAAUUAAUGUAUUUAUUUUUAGUGAAACAACAGCAAAAGACUAAGGGUGGUGUCCAGUGUUAGUCAUACUCAGAGUAGACUCAGUAAAUCAAUAACUGGCCCACUGAGUAUGACUAAUGUUGGAUACCAGCCCAACAAUUUUAUUGUGGCUAAAUGUUUGUGGGUCAGAAUCCUUUUCAUUGUAUCUGAAUUCAUUAGGCUUAAUAGUACCACAAAAUUUCUUGCUAUUUUUGAUACAGCCAACUAACAUAGCUGUUCCUGAAGUUUAUUUUCAGUGAAUAUCAUCAAUAGUAAAUCUAUUUGGAAAAUUGAAUAAAGACAAUAAAUAUGAUAUUUAGGUCUGCAAUUGUAUUUCUUUUAGUAGUAAUUUCCACGAAUGCAAAGAUCUAUCUGCAUAAACUGUUCAUUGUGCAUAGGACUACAAUGCAUUUGUGCUGUCAGAUAUUGUAGUACUUCAGUGGUCUGUGGGUCUCCUCAGAUUUGUGUGGUCGUACAUGCAGCCAAUUUACUGCUGCGUCAGCCACUGUUAGUUCAGCAUUACUGUAAUGAGAAUAAUAAGGGAGUAAUGCAGCAAUGUAUUCUGAAGUAGCAAAAAACCCCACUUGUGCCUGUAUAAAGCUGUAGGAAGAAUGGGAUCAUCAUAGGCUAUGUUUGUAGUCCACAAGCCUUUCAUGCUGAGUGGUCCUGUUGUGGUUAGACAUAGUACUACAUAAUAAGUGUUUGGGUUGAUAUGCAUUUAGAAACCUUAACUCAUUUAUUUUGAGUAACCUUGUCAUGUCAUACUAAUGGAUGAUGCAUGCAGCCUUCAUCAUACACCUAAGCAUUUUCGCCAGCAAUCCAUGUGGAGCUGUUAUGUAUAGUGAAGGCAGGGGUCUUGCUUUAUCUUAAAUUAUUUCCAACUGAGAGCUGGCAUUAGGAACAUCUCAUCAGUACUCACUAGCCUUCAAGUUGCACUGAUUUAAAACAAGAGGGAUUACUAUGAAAUCCUAUACAUGCCACUCAGAAGUAAGUCCUAUUGAAUCCAAUAUGGAUUACUCCCGGGUAAGCAGGUAUAGAAUGACAUCUUUAAAUAAACAAAAUGAAUUAUUUAAUAAUUUACUUAAAUCAAGUUAUUCAGUAAGUUACUCAUGUAUUUUCUGAACAAGAGCUUUGAUAAAUGGCUGAUGAAACAAAACAUAUUUAGUUGGCAUAUUUAGUUGGAUCACUGGGAUCACUGGGGAGUGGAGGCUUUAAGGCCUUCUAAUGAUCCUGAUGCAGCCAAGAUCACUGUCUGCAAUGGCAAAAGCAAAAUGAAAACAGUGGCAUGGAUAGUUCUGGGAUUUCUGGAGGGAGGUACACUACCCUGCAAUUUUGCAUUAGUAGCAUGGGGACAGUAAUCUUUUGAUCACUGGGAUCUCCUUUAUAUAUUCCCACUCACCCACUCCAGUCUGUGGGACUAGCACUGUUACAGGUGCCAUAUAAUGCUUGUUCUUCAAUUGUAAUAAAUCAAUCUUUUAGUGUGGUUCCCUGCUGUAUAGAGGAACUCCCCGCCUGUAGACAUAUGGCAGGUGCCUGCUUAAAACCUUUUUGUUUAGGCAAGCUAAUCUAGACAUGCAGAAGGUACUUAGGUUUUAAUCUGUUUUUAGCUGAUUGUUGAUUAUAAUCAGUGUUUGAAUUUUUUAAUACCUGUUUUUAACUGUCUUUUUGUUGAUAUUUUAAAUGUUUUGUUUUGUAAACUGCUUCGAGGUUUUAUUACAAUCAAGCAGCUAUGGAAAGUGAUUGUUUUUCUUUGCCAUCCAGUUGCUGCCCAAUGAGCUGGAGGGAGUUAAUAGGGCUCCCCGGGAACUUGGCAGGCUGUACAGAGAACAGCCAAGAGCUGCUUGCAGCCUAUGGGUUACUGUGUGUUUUAUCUUACUACUGUUGUUGUUGUUGUUGUUGUUUAGUCGUUUAGUCAUGUCCGACUCUUCGUGACCCCGUGGACCAGAGCACGCCCGGCACACCUGUCUUCCACUGCCUCCCGCAGCUUGGUCAAACUCAUGUUGGUAGCUUCGAGAACACUGUCCAACCAUCUCGUCCUCUGUAGUCCCCUUCUCCUUGUGCCCUCAAUCUUUCCCAACAUCAGGGUCUUUUCCAGGGAGUCUUCUCUUCUCAUGAGGUGGCCAAAGUAUUGGAGCCUAAGCUUCAGAAUCUGUCCUUCCAGUGAGCACUCAGAGCUGAUAUCCUUCAGAAUGGAUAGUAAUAAUAAUAAUAAUAAUAAUAAUAAUAAUAAUAAUAAUAAUACUUUAUUAUUUAUACCCCACCCAUCUGGCUGGGUUUCCCCAGCCACUCUGGCGGCUUCCAACCGAAUAUUAAAAACAAUGUAGCAUCAAACAAAUAAUAAUAAUUUGAUUUUCUUGCAGUCCAUGGGACUCUCAAGAGCCUCCUCCAAGACCAUAAUUCAAAUGCAUCAAUUCUUCAGCGAUCAGCCUUCUUUAUAGUCCAGCUCUCACUUCCAUACAUCACUACUGGGAAAACCAUAGCUUUAACUUUACAGACCUUUGUCGGCAAGGUGAUGUCUCUGCUUUUUAAGAUGCUGUCUAGGUUUGUCAUUGCUUUUCUUCCAAGAAGCAGGCGUCUUUUAAUUUCGUGACUGCUGUUACCAUCUGCAGUGAUAAUGGAGCCGAAGAAAGUAAAAUCUCUCACUGCCUCCAUUUCUUCUCCUUCUAUUUGCCAGGAGGUGAUGGGACCAGGGGCCAUGAUCUUAGUUUUUUUGAUGUUGAGCUUCAGGCCAUAUUUUGCGCUCUCUUCUUUUACCCUCAUUAAAAGGUUUUUUAAUUCCUCCUCACUUUCUGCCAUCAAAGUUGUGCCAUCUGCAUGUCUGAGGUUGUUAUUUUUCUUCCUGCAGUUUUAAUUCCGGCUUGGGAUUCAUCUAUUCCAGCCUUUCGGAUGAUGAAUUCUGCAUAUAAGUUAAAUAAGCAGGGAAACAAUAUACAGCCUUGUCAUACUCCUUUCCCAAUUUUGAACCAAACAGUUGUUCUUUAUCCAGUUCUAUCUGUAGCUUCUUGUCCCACAUAGAGAUUUCUCAGGAGACAGAUGAGGUGAUCAGGCACUCCCAUUUCUACCAUUUUACUAGGAACAUCUAAAACUGCUAGUCAUGACACUUCCAUUUGCAGUAAAAUACAAGGAUACUGAGCAAGAGCACUUAUUAUUUUUGUUGUUUGUUGCUUGUUACCUGGAUGUCCGCAAGCGACUUACAGCAUUUACUUGGGGAAAGGCUGUGCCUGAAUAGAGAUGAAUGACUUCUUCCACCACCACCAGAUCAUGUCAGGUUGGCUCAAAAAUAGGUGAAAAAUCAGGAAAAAGCUUAUGUCUGAUCUAAUCUGAUUUCAGAAAUAAGCCGGCCUCCCUCCCUGAAACUCUCCUCUCUCUCAUGGAUUCUUUCUCCCUCCCAUCCUCUGAUCCCACAAAUUCAUUCUCUCCCUCUCUUCAACCCCAUUUAUCAGACAUGGUGAUUGUCUGGUGAAAAGAAAUUGCAUAUAAUUUAAUUUAUCACUAAACAGCAAAAAAAAAGUGUAGGUUAUUAAGGGCAAAAGUGUAGGCUAUUAAGGGGACCUAUCUGCUGAGCUGGUGGGGAAGGUUUAUUUUUUAGAGGUUUGGGGGGAUGGAAAUAUAAUUAUGUGAUACAGCACAGACUUUGUAUGCAGAACCGUGGUAGGACUGGCAUCUCCAGAUAGGGCUGGAAAAGACUCUUGUCAAAGCCCCCAGAGAGGUUAUGCCAGUCAUUGUAGACCAUACAAAGUCAAUGGCCUGACUUUGUAAAAAGCAGCAACUUACUCUAUACUGUAUAAGUCAACUGAAGGUAUUGGUCUCAAUAUCAUUUGAAAUGGCUAUCUCAUGGGUGUUCCUGUUUUAUUGUGGAUGUACAGCAUUCUUCAAUGUGUUCUUGGCACAAUAAUAGUGGUGAAUUUAUUCCACUUUAGUUUCUUUUGAGGUGCUUUCACAAUGCUAUCAUAUUAUUGCUGUUCGAAGUGGCUAUAGCACAAAAAAGUGGGACUGAAAUAAUGAAAAACAUUUGUGGUACAUAAAGUUAAAGGAUUCCAGUAGGAAGUUAGUACUGAAAUCAGGCUUGCGUGUAACUGCCCCAAUAGCAUCAUGAGCAUGGCUUAUCAUGAUGCAUGAUAAAAAGGACAUCUGGAGGGGCCCUGGGUAGUUGUUUUUCUCAUGGAAGGUGGAUAGGAAGAGAUAUCUAGAAUUUGACACACUUGCAACCCUUUCUCAUGGCAUAGCCUUGGUCUCCUUUUCUGCUCACUUUCCUCAAAUGCAAUGGUACACAGCAGGAAGAAGGAUGUGUGUAUUUCUCCUCCUAUAUUCCCUUAUUUCCAGUUCUCUCUUCCCCACUGCCCCAGCUCCACUCACUAGCCUCCACCCUUCUUUCAAAAGGAAGAAUAAUCAGGCUUCUUUGUCAACAUGAACCAUGAGAAUCUAUUUUAAUUGGUAGUGCUUUAAUUGGAUAACCGAGGGCAAAUGAGACAUGGUACUAGAUGUGUCAUUAGCAAUUAUGUGUGUGCUUGUGUGUUUAAGUUAAUAGGUACAUGUGGGCCCAGUUUUCAUUGGGACCACAGUGUGUGGUGGAGUGCAAUGUGGCCAAAAAUGCUAUCUAAGCUGCUCUUAGGAAGGAAAGUUCCCAUUGUCAAAGGGAAAUUUUCAUUGAUUUCACAGCAGGAAGAAAAGGUUAACCCUUAUCUCCCCAUGCAUAGCUGCUGUGAUGAAAAUAAUAUACACACCUGCUGUUUAAGGUUUUUGUUUUUUUCCUUAAGGGGGUGUGCUAAUGAUGUGUAUAGCCAUUAGUCAUCUAAUUUGGUCCUAAUAUCUGCUAAGAACCAAGUUCAGAUGUUAUUUCUGAAAACCUAAUUAUGGAUGUAUGCACAUGGGCCAUAUUCAUGAAUGGAGAGAAAGCAUGUGCACAGCUUGAGCUGCUUUGAAGUUUUUUACUGCAGCUAGAUCACUAAAAAGAAUUGGCAAGCUAUUUUCCAUUUAAAACAAUCUGCUUGCUCAGAUGGGUACAUUGCAACGAUCAAUGCUGAUGUGCUCCAUGUCAUGCCUUUCAGCUAAAUCUACUCUUUUCUGUUCACAUACAUGGGCAAAUGAUUUGGGGUGGUCCAGUGUGUUUUCCUUGAAGUGUCAUUGUAUGUAGCAGAACUUGCAUGUCAUUCUUUUGAAACUGAAGCACUUUGUUGUCUUCAGUGUUCCUAAAUGCUUAACUUCAGAGCAUAUGGUGGCUGAAGAACUCCUUUUUCAUGCUGAUGGGCAUGAACACUAGGACACUGCAUACAUGUGCAAUAUUGUAUCAACCCCUGAGAACUAUAGUUUGGUUAAACCUGGCGUGACUCAACGCCACAGCACCAUCCAUUGCAGAGAGAUCCUCCUGUAAGCAAACACAUUUGAGAGCAAAAAGCGUUUUGAAUCUGGAUGGGGCACAACAAACAAGCAUAAAAUAUUUCCAUUAAACAAUCAGGAUAAUUGGUUGAAUUGGUAGAGGAGAUGUGCAUCAAAGGGUUAAUCUGACCAUGUGUUUCACAGCAACCUGUGAGAUUCAUCAGAUGUCAAUGGCUAACUGAGGGGGGGGGGGGGCUUCUGCAGAUGCAGUUACCAAGUAGCAGAGUAUGCAGUCAUGUAAUUUCACAGCAAUGAACGAGAGAGGUUAGCUCUAAAAAUAACCUAUACAAAUUCACCCACAAAGCACAGCUGGGUUGGGGUACCUGGUCUGUUGAAUGCUAACUGAGCAUGCACAACAUAGUUUAACAUUCUGAGUUAACUUUUCAGGGAUAUGAUAUACAAUUUGUAACACAGUCAAGCAUUACAGGCUGGACAAGUCAGUUUAUGAAACCAAGUAUUGAGCAUUUCAGUGCCAUCCCUAUUGAAGAACCAAAUGUAAUGUGACUUUAACUUUGUAUUUUCCAGCCUUCUGUAGUAUGAAUAUUUAAUUAUUAUUAAGAAAGUAAUGUUCACUUAAAGAUUAUGGGGAAUUACUCUCUUAGAUAACAGUAUUACUUAAAUAAUAGUAUCCUGUGAUUCUUCAUGUCAAGGAUGUAGAAUCUCUGACCUUUCACAAGAUGAAUUCCAAUUCCGUAAGCCCCACCCAGCAAAGUUAAUGGUCAAGGAUGAUGGCAGCUGUAGCCCAACAACGCAUCCCAGCUUUGCCUUCUUUCAGGAAUUAGGAGUUGAGUGCCAGGCAGGCAGAAUAUGCUUUAAGUGGGUACACCUACACCCAUACAUGCUCCAGGGACUUCUUGAUUGGCCAUAUUAGUGAAAGUAAAAUAGAUUAUCUCCACCUGCUAGGCUUCUUUUCAUGCUCCAUAAAUUUAGAGGAACCUCCUCAUCCCUCCCAAAGUCUUUCCUACCUGCAUUUUCCAUGGAUCAGGAUAGGGAAUUUUCAACCUUUGUGACAACUGUGAUUAAGCAGUAUAGCUAAAUAAAAAUAAAUAAAUAAUGAGAUGCUCAGUAUAGUAAUUUACCUGAGCACUGGAAUACUAAAGACAUCUGCACAUCUCAGUCUCAUCAUAGCCAUGCUUUUCCCGCAGUUCUGCAAAUUGUAUUCCAGUGGAAAAUAGAGGGCACACUUUGUUAUCAGAAGCUGUAAUAGUUCUGCAUUUUAUGAGUGAAUCUAAUGGGUGAUUAAAAUUAUAGGAAUAUAAUAGGAGCGUGCUCUGGUCCAUGGUGUCACGAAGGGUCGGACACGACUAAACGACUAAACAACAACAAAUGUUACCUAGAAAAGAAACAUAUGUUAAAUGUUAUUUACCUAGUAUUUAAAAUUAGGUUAAUUUUUGCUGUAGUAAUCUUUCAGUAAUCAAUUUUGGGGUUUAUUGUAAAGAUUGGCUAAAUGGCUAAUGCAUUUUGAAGUUUGAAUUUGUACUUUUCUUCCAAAAGCCCAUGACCUAUUUCUUCCCAAAGCUUUGACCUAUAGUGUGUCAACAGCACACAAAAUAUGAGUGAUAUACUAGCUGCUGUAGGAAGGACUGGAUGGAACUCAUAGGGCCAAGAGCAGGGGGAAAUUCUUCAGAGAAGUAUCAGAAUAUAAAUAUGGUUUUGGAAGAAGAAACAAUUGGCAGUACAGGAAAAAUGUAUUCAAGGCUGGACCGAAUUCCAGCAUUGCUUGAGUAGAGUUUCAGCUUACUUGGAUAGUGUGGUUUCUAAAAUGUGGUAGAAGUGGUUUUAAGCACAUUCACUGCAUUCUGAGGCAUUUGUUUCAGAAAAGAGGGUGUACGUCAAAACUCUUCUUUUCCACACUUAAAAUAUCUAUUUGUUUUUAAGUUUGGAGCUCCUUCGGGAGUGUAUUUUACUGCCAGAUUUGGGGAUCCUCCAAAACUCUUACACCUGCAGUAGGUUAUAAUGCAGAAUUGCUUAUCUGCACUUUGGCAAUGUUUUAAUAUAAUGUGUGGGUAUGGAGCAAUCUGAGAAGGCGAAGCCCUUACAGCAUAGCUGCUGUGUAUGCCCUGCUGAGUGCUAUUUUCUUCCUGAUGGCCUUGGUGGUCUUUUGCGCAUAUCAGGCCUUAUGAAAAAAAUAGGAUGAACUGACUGUAUGAAAACCCAGUUUCAUCUUUGCAGACUCUAGUGUGCAAACUUCUAGUGUCAUUCCCAGUAGUCUACAACUCCUAUCAUCCCAAACUAUCAGGACCAGGGAUCAAGGAUGAUGGGAAUUGAAGUCCAAAAACAACUGGAGAUCCAAGUUUGGGAAACACUGAGAAUGCAUGAUUUGAAGUCUCACACCUUUCCCACUCCACUGUGUCAGAAAUAUCCAGUUAACAGGUGAUGUGAAUGGGUUAAUGUAUCACAGGUGCUUCAGGUCUAAAGGGCUGGGAUCAUAUAAUGUGUGGCAUAAAGUUGAAGGUUUAAAUUAUUAUCCUCAUUGGCCUGGUUUUCUCAGUCCUCACUAGCAUUGCAUAACACACUCAGCCAAUAGAAACUCAAACUUUUACCCACAAGGGAAGCUUUAAAUUAGGAAAACCUCUUUGGAUAUUGGUUGAGGAGAGGUGCUAGUGUGGUAUAGUGAUAAUUAAAAGUGUUUUCAAGUUGGCUUUGGGAUUUUUGUACUAUUUGUAACCAAAUGAAAUAAAAUAGUCUGCCAGCUAUAAUACCUGGCUAGGUAUGAACUUUGUCAUGGUUGCUUUUUGAACUGCUCGUCCUUCCAACCUGGUGCAGUUUGGGCUAAUAGUACCAACUGCCCCUGUAGGGGUGUGUGACCCAUUAUUAUGGUCUGUCCCUGGAGACUUGUGGACCACAAUGGAUUCCUGUGAAAUUUUCUGGUGAAUAGAACUGGCAAUCCUGCAGAAGACCUUAUUUUGUUAUGGAAUGACAAGAUGCAGAAGGUUGUAGAUAUGAUAGAUCUUGAGCAUUCUCUCCAACACUGUGGAGCAUAUUCAGCUCCCUGGUAUACUGGGGAGCUGCAUGUGAUGAAAAAGACCAGGCGAUGGCUAGAGUGCAGGUGGUGGAAGUCCCACUGCAAAGAUGACCAAACAUGUGAGAGCACCCUAUUGUGCUUACUGCAUGGGGGUGAAAACAACGAAGAAGACCUACAUCAUUGAUUCCACUGGGUUCUCUAAAAGUCAGCAAGCGGAACUAGUGAAUAUGUGGUUCAUAGGCUAUUGACACCCAUAUUGGUGGAUGGAGCCCAGGGUACCUCAGAGACCCUUUGUGACCUGCCUGAGGACAGUGCCAUUCGUCUCCAUAGCAUGUGAGGUGCCAAUACUCCAUCAAGCCAUGUUUAGUGGGAAGCAGUUUCAGUUUUUGCAGUCUGAUUGAAGCUAGCUAGGGAAACAUGGCUGGGUGGGUUCAGUGUGUGAUGUAUGCAACUUCAUGAUAGGGUGGUGCUAGCCACUGUGGAGGUGAUUGUGUGGUCAUUCAUGGGGGGGGGGAACCACCUGGUACCCAGUGGUAUUUUACAACUACUACCCAGUUUUUAAUACCCUUUUUGGACAAGAAACUUGAGAGGGUUGACCCAUUACAAUCUGUCUUCAGACCCAGGUUCAGAACUGGGCAUUCCUUGGUCACCCUACUGGAUGACCUCUCUCAGGAGAGGGACAGGAGGAGUGUGAUGUUGUUGCUGUUCCUCCUGAACUGUCAUGAAUCCUGGGAAGAUGGAGCCUUGGUGGGUGAGUGACUCCCAGGUCAGAGAAGUUGAUACGUUGCCUGUCCUAGAUGAGGUUGUGCUCUCACUGAAGAAGCAGGCGCCUAAAUAGUUUGGGGAUGUUCCUGGAUCCAGCUCUGUCAUUGGGGGUCCAGGUGUCCUCAAUGGCUAGGAAUGCCUUUUACCAACUUUAAUUGGUAAGACAGCUAUGGACAUUCUUGGAUCAAGAUUGGCUUGACCACAGUUGUGCAUGCAUUGGGAACCUUACAGUUUGAUUACUGCAAUGUGCUCUGCUGGUGCAACCCUUGGGGUUAGUCUGGAAGCUGCUUGCAGGAUUUGCACUGGCAGCCGAUUGCUAACAUAAGGCUCAAUAAAGCUCAGGACCAGGUUACUUGAGAAACUUCCUUAUUGCUUAUAAACCCUGUAUGUCUCUGCAGUCUGUGGAAGAUUUCCUCCUGCAAGUUCCAAAGAUCUGAGAAGCCUGUUCCACAGUAACUGAAAGCAAGGCUUUCAUUGUCACUGCCCCUGUUCUGUGGAAUAGCAUUCCUUACAAAAUAUGACAGGCACCACCCACUAUCUGCACUUUCCAAAACAAUUGAAGACAUGUUUGUUCCCAUAGGCUUUCACAGCUGGAUAAAUUUUACUACAAGUGUCUGUUUAGUUGUAUUUUAGUCUUGUUUUAAAUGCAUUUGCUGUUUUUUGUGUUUUUAAUUAUCUCAGGUAUAAAUGGUUUUAUAAUGUGUAGAAGAUUAUUAAUAAAUCAGUAUUAAUAAUGAUCAUUCUAAUUUAUCAAGUGCCUGUAAAUUUCUGAUUCCAUAAAUAAAUUCAUGUUUUACUUUAUUAUAAGGGCUUUAGUUUACUCAUGAACCGUACUAACCCACACUCAGCUUAUGCUAGUCAAAUUCUGGGAAUCCUCUCUACUUACAGGGCAUAGCUCAUACCCCACACCCUUCCCAGAUUUGCUCCAGAGAGUUGGGGGAAUCUCUGCAACAGCUAAUUAAACCCAAUCUUCCACUCCUGUUGCAAGACCAACUAUGCAUCUGCCACUAUCCUAGUUAAGAAACAAGGUAGACUACAGUUGCAAGGGGCACUGUGGUAGUUCACAUGUUUUGCAUGUAAAAUGAUACAGAUUUAAUACCUGUGAUCUCCAGGUAGGACUGGGGAAAACUCCUGUCUGAAACUAGGAGAGCUCCUGAUAAUGGGUACAAUAGUCUUGCUCAGUGCAAGGCAGCUUCCUUUGAAAUGUACAAAACUUGGAAUAUUAAAGAUACCUGUAAAUGUAUAGUUUAGCAGAAUGUAAAAUAACUAAGAGUACUGCAUUGUCUGUGUGUUUGUUACUGUAUCAUGAAAUGUCCUGAAAGUUAUAAAGAUUAGGUGUAAAAAGUUAGUGCAAAAUGGCCGCCGCCUGUACUUUAUUCUAUCUACAUGCAGGUCCUUUUGGUACCAGAAGAGGACAGAAUGGGGGGGCAGGGCAGAAUGGGGGUGAAUUGGGGUUAUGCAUGCUCCGCCUACACCAGGAACAGAACCCCUGUGCAAAAUGGUUGCUGCCUGUACACUAAAUUAUAUAAUUGGUUUAGUAACAGCAGAAUUCUGUUCCCAUCUACCCAAGUUCAAGUGGACUUGCUCCCAAGUAAAUGCUGUAGGAUUGCAGCCUAAUAUUGUACUGACCUGACAGUAACUUUUUGGCAGUUAUGUAGAUCACCUCAGAGACUUGCUAGAAAGGCAAUAAACAAUUCUGUUGUAAUGGUUUUUACUCAUUUCAGACAGAUGUACAUAUUUUUGUGUAUAAUAUGUUUAUAAAAAAUAAAUGUACAAAAUAAGCUUUGUGUUUCUUAGAAUUAGUGCUGCAUUAGUAUAUAUGAACAUAAGCAAUUAGUGUACGAGUGUGUUGCACGUAUGCAUGAGUGUUUGUGCACAAGUAUGAAAUUCUGUGCAUGUCUACUCAGAAGUAACCCCCACUGAGUUCAGUUUUACUGACUGUCAGGGAAAUUUGUCUGGAUUGCAGUCAUAGUGAACAUAAAAACACACUUUAUUUAUAUUUUAGUUAAAACAGAGCCAAUGAGCAGCAGUGAGAUUGCUACUACAACAGCAGACGGGUCUUUAGACAGUUUUUCAGGAUCAGGUAAGGAAGCAUUUGCCAUGUGUAAAUAUGAUACCCAUAUAUGUUUCAGAUAUUUAAUUAGGAAACUCUUUCUGAGUAAAGACAACCAUACAUUAUGUGGCUUUUCAUGUGUGUAUUCCCCUUAUUGGCAGCAGUUGCCACUUAUUAGCUGCCAAGUCUAUUUUGAAAUUAAUAGUGAAAUUCUAUACAUGUCUACUCAGAAGUAAGUUCUGCUGAGUCCAAUGGGGCUCCAGUUCCAGGUGAGUCUAGCAGCCUCAGUUUGGUCUAGCAAUAUUUUCUUCUGUGUGUUCUGCUGUUCUUAGCUGAAAUACAGAGCUGUUACUGGUGACAUUUACUGGGCACCCUUUAGUCUCAAUGUAGUCCAAGCCCACAUUUUAUUUGUCAUGUGUAAAGCAGAUAGCUUUGCCUCAAAAAAUCUAAGUUUGUGUGAAGACAAAAGUUUAUCAGCUGUGGUGAGAACCUAUUUUUUUAAGUGCAAAGCUGUCCCGGUUAUUGCAGCAGGAGGUAACAGCCAAUCUGCACUGUUCAUAGCCAGCUACUGCUGCAUACUUAAAAGAUCCUCCCACCGCCCCCAAUCUUGACAAAGAAAAAGAAAUGUACAUUUGAACAGUGAAGGUGCUUCAGCAGUUUUACUGCUGAAAAAAAUGGGUUGUAUUCCGUGUUAGUCCUACUCAGAGUAGGUCUAUUAAAUUAAUGGACACGAGUAAAUUAGGCCCUUAAUUUUAGUGAGUCUGUUCUGAGGAGCACUUAGCUGGAUGCUGCCCACUAUACCUGCCUGCAAUACUUUUUGAAGGCCAACCAAAAUGUCACAAAAUAUUAUGCAAGGUUUCAAGUUUUAUACGUCAGUUUUACAAUCUCAGUAUUGGUACACUGUCAUUUAUUUUUUUUAAGAUUCUAGCUGAUAAAAUCCAACAAGGAAUGCUUCCUUUUUGGUUCCAUAGCAGUGUGAAUGUCUUCAGCCAUCACUGUGCUUGAAAACAUGCUUUGCGAUGAAAAGGUUUUGAGUCCAAUCGGUGGCAUAUCUAGAUUGAAUGCGGAAGUCCCUUGUUGGUAAAGCUAUGGCUAGUCACUGCAGAUAAUACUAAGUUGGAUGGACUAGUGGUCUGACUCUGUGUAAAGCAGCUUCCUAAGUCACACACAGUCAUUGGAAAGAAUAAAUAAUAAAACGCUGAAGAGGAAUUGCUCUCUUAUUGGCAUUUGUUUCAUUCCUCACUACCAUGUGCUAAAUAGCUGUUUUCAGUAGUGGCUAUAGUUCUUGGGAAGGAAAAAUGGAAGUAUGAUUGUGGGUUUGAAGAAUAUCUGACUCACUAAAAUGUCACCCUUGUAUAAAAAUGCUGACAAUUUACAGCAUUUAAAUUUAAGAACCAUGCAUGGAGUAAUUCAUUUAAUUCAAUUGCAAAAUUGUGAGAAAAGUGGAGAGUUAAUUAAAUGGCUAGAAAUAUGACAGGGUGUGUUAAAAAGGCCUUAAAGUGUGACAUAUUUUUAAAACGGUCCCUUAAGAGCAAUUGCAAAAGCCUAAUUUGCAAUAAAGAUGUUGAGAAUUGUUGUGCUAGCCUGGAUCUAGUAAAGUAUUACUUGGCGCUGUUUUAAUUUUAUUAAACUUCAUUAAAUUUCUAAAGUUCCUUUAACAGAAAUAAUAUUUAGGUUAGAUGUGUGUGUUUACACUUCCAUGUGCUUUCUUUUCUCCUCUGUACAGCAAUUGGAAGCAGUGGCUUCAGCCCAAGACAAACUCACCAGUUUUCCCCACCACAGAUAUACCCGUCCAAGUAAGAUGUCUGUUACGUUUUAAAAAAAGAAAAAGAAAAAGAAAAAAAGUGGAGUUAAACCUCAUUUAUAAUUAUAAUUGAAUCCAUCUGCUAAAUCAUAAUUGAAAUCAGUUUACCCUUGAGAGAGGUUGUACUUUAGAAUAACUACAAAUGUAUCUUUAGACGUAGAAAAUAGUUUAAUUAAUUAAUUUGUUUUGCACAGUGGCCAAGGAAUUUACAUUCUGUCAUGCAGCUUAACCAAAACGUUUGCAUGUUUCUAUCUAAUACAAAGGCUUUCCUGUUUUCUGUCAUUUUGCAACGAACAGCAGACCAUACCCGCAUAUUCUUCCUACUCCUUCACAAACGAUGGCUGCAUAUGGGCAGACACAGUUUACCACAGGGAUGCAACAAGCUACAGGUUAUUCAACGUACCCACAGCCUGGUCAGCCCUAUGGAAUCCCAUCAUAUGGUGAGUAAAGUUUUUGGGAAGGUGGUGACAAACAGUUGUGUAUUGGGGUGUGAAAUCGCUUUGCUGAUGAGUGCAGCGUUACUUAGUGACAGAAUACUGCAUUUUAGUAGCUUAAGCAUAAGUAUGUUUCAAAACCACUGAGGCCCGAAAAGAAGCAAAACAUUGUUCCAUGAUUUUGGAAUCUCACUCCUCAGUAUUUAGCAGCAUCUUAACUUUCACAUCCCUAUGUCUUCCACUUUCUUGCUGUGGGCUAUUUCCAACUAAUGUCCUUGCAGAAACACAAGAGUUUUUGAUCCAGAGGGAAGUAUCUGCUAGUAGAAGAGGGGAGGUUAUUUUUUAAAAAUCCCUUGUCCCAUCAGCAGUCCCCAGUGUCCCACAAAAAUCUGUUCUGGAGGAUAUGCAAACCCAGUAGAACGGAUUUUCAGGAUGCUCCUGAAAAUUUCCCCCUCCCCCUCUGUUGUCAGAUGCCUCCAAUGGAGUAACAGAGCAAGGAGGGUCAUUUGGUUCCUAGUCCGUGGGUAUAUGUUGCUAUAUUAGGUACUUGAAUGUCUUAUGACAAGAACCAAGCUAUAUCUAUGGUUUGUGUAAAAAACAGAAAGAUCGGUGCACAUUUUCUUUAUGGAGCAUUAAGAAUGUUAAAGACGCUCCCAGCAUGCAUGGUGCAUGUAGAUGCCCUUGCUGCAUUUGACUUAUUAAAGUAUUUCUUAUGAAAUACAGAAAGAAUAAUUCAACCAAACUUAAGUCCCAUUAACAUCAGGUGCCCUUUUAAAGGGGUUGUGGGAUGCGGGGUGGUAUUGGUUUGUUUUUGUUCCGGUUUUAUUAUAUAUUUUGCGUUUUUUAUCUUGUAUUUUUGUGUUGUGAACCGCCCUGGGAUCUACAGAUGAAGGACGGUAUACUACUACUACUACUACUAGAUUUCCAAGGCAGCUAUUAAACAUGCCCAAUAAAAGCAACCCACAAUUUUAUUUAAAACAACAGUUAAUAAACCAAGAAGUACUCAAAAAUUGAAACAGGAGCCAAAGAACUACAUAAUAAUAUAUCCAAAAGUACUGCCUCAUAUAAAAAGGCUUUACACUUUCUCUCCCUAGAUGUUGACUGAGAAGGGCACUGGCUCAUCUCAACUGGAAGCACGUUGCCCUAAAAGUUUUGAUGAUCCCCACUGUUGAGCUCACCAUUGAGGACUUCUGAACUAUACUAUCUCCCUAUAUAAUGGAAAAUAAGUCCACUGGGGUUUAUUCUCUAAUAAAGUGUGACAGGAUUUCCGUCUUAACCAACAAAUAAAUUGGCUGAAACUUGGGAAAUAAUGGGUUAUGUUUUCUUUAACUGGCAUUUACAAAUCUGUUUCUUUUGUAUUUGCUUAAAUCUAGCAAAUAUAAUCUUGUGACCUGUUUUAAACUUCAUCUUAGUAGAGUGACUAUCAGGAUUAUACUUUCAAGUUUAUUUUUAAAUGAAAGUAAAAAUUAAAACUUUGGUCACUUGUGGUUUAUUCCUGUAGUGUUAGAACUGAUUUUUUAAAAAUACAUUUUUUAAAAAUAAUUGAAAUUUAUUCUUAAACUGUUAGAAUAGGAAAAUUGUUCACAAUGCAGUUUGGUUAUUUGUUGCUACUUUGUUAUGAUAAUACAGUUUACAUUCUUUUUUUAGGGUUCAUAUCCUUUUUUUGUAAUAUUGCCAGUUGGUCUGUUUUUGUGUUUCUUUCCCCCCUUUUUCUGAACAGCAAAAUUUUAAAAACUCCUUUUGAUAUAUUUAUAUAUACUUGAUAAUGAUUCAAUAUGGUGUGAUACAUCACAAAUAUAGGUGUAAUAACAAAUCAGAACUGAAUUUUUAAUUGAACACUGAUUAAUUUACUCUGUAGUAACUAAACAUUUUAUGGAACACUCUGGCAAAGGCUUUUUAUUAUAUUGUACAAUGAGAGAAUGGAGAAAUAAUGUUUGUAACAGAGUGAGCUUGGUUGGUGGAGAUGAUUGCCACCGACAGCUGGUUGCUAAGACUUUCUUGGCUCUAAUGCUUCAGCAAAACUGUUAAAAAGACUUUAAAAUGCAGCUUUCCCCCAUUGCAGGAUGGUUUUCAGUUACUGCUUCUUUAUCAGACAUGCUGUUGGAAGUUUAUUAUUUAUUUGAAUUAGGUUAAAUACACAUAUUAACAUACAUAUAUUCAUGCAUCAGCAUAAUUCCCAUCACUACCAUCAUACCAUUCAUGAGUUUUCCCUCUCAAUGCAGAGAAGAGGUUUAAAAGAGUUAGGAUUGCUUUUUCACAAUAUAGCUGCCACGUGGGGAAUGAAAUUUUACUCCCCAGCUGCUUGCAAUGUUAUCAUGACACUUGCUUCUCCUUUUCAAUGCACCCUUGAGAGUGGAUGAUUUGCAGUGGAAAAAUAAUUGAGGGUUUUUAUAAAGGAAAAGCAGCUUACACACCAAUACAUGGUCUACAUGCAGUUUUGUCAUAUCUAAAAUUGCAAGUGCAUAAUUCACAUGGUGAUUUUAUUUUGUAUGCCAAAUCACCAGAUUAGCUCCAACAGAUUUGUUGGUGUUCCUGACACCACCUGCAUGCGUCUUGCCUCACUUCAGAAACCCGGGGCUGAGCUUCGGUUGCAUUGCCGAAUGUCACUGAUUCUCUGCAGCAGUUAAAGCUUACCUGUACAACUGGGCUGCAGGCAAUACCCUUUUCCAACACAACAUAAAAUAAUGGCCUAUUAUGGUGUGGAUGCAAACCAGACAGUGAGGUGCCAAUGCAUAUGGCAGGCUGCAAAAUGUUAUUUUUGUCUCUAUCUGUUUAUCAAGCUAAAUACAUUCUAAUUUUCUGGAUUGCAUUUAUUUAAUGAAAACAUUUGCAGGGUUGUAGAUGUUUGAAUUUUGAUGAAAUUCAAUAAGAAAAGAAAUAAAAAAGACUAUAUAAUGUUACUCCAGUCUGAAGAGACAUCUCAAAGGUGUGGGAUCUGUAUUGUUUACAUGGCAAAAAGGCUGUAUCCCUUUUGCAGUUAAUAAUGGAUAUGUGCCUAUAGGCCCAAGCAAUAAUUUAAAAAGAGAUAAUUUUCCCACUUUCACCCCUGUUUGAAAAUGUCUAGGAAAAAUCUUAAAACUAUUGAGUUGUAAAAAGUGCUUACUGUAUGUGUUGGCCCCUGGUAACUAAAUCAACUAAAGCGUUGGGACCCAGGUGGUGGAAAUCCUGUAUAUGCAGUUGCCCAGUUACCUUGAAUUCAUGUACAGGGUUGCACUGUAAAACUUGUCAACUUUGGUAGCUAAGAAAGUUUUAACUCACAUGCUGGACUUUGUAAAUAUGAAAUUCCCUAUUGAUAUUCUGACCCUCUUUUAAGCUCUUGCAUGUGAAAAGCUAUAGAAGAAAGAAAUACUUAUAUUAAUAAAACAAGUUUUCUAAUGUCUUUCUGAAUGAGGAGAAAACAAAAAAAUGUAUAAUAGUAUCAAAUGUGCUUUAAACAUCUAUAAUUUAACAAUUUUAAGCUAAAACUGUCACUGUUCCUUCAUACUGCCCACUAUUUCUAAACUGAUAAUGUAACAAUUGCUAAAUAGGUGAAUCUACAGUAUGCUCAUGCAAGAUUUAAAUUAAACAAGAAUUUAAAUUAGAAAGGUUGCGUCAGUUCAGAUAGUGCAGCUUAACUAGAUUAUGGGUUGGUGUCCUUUUGCAUACUUACAUGAAUACUUGUGUGAUUUUAUUUAAUGCCCUCUGUUAAAAUAUGAACAACUAGCUUUGCUAUCACUAACUGAUUUAGGUGCAUUGUGGGCAGGCAUCAAGACAGAAGGCGGAUUAUCACAAACACAGUCACCUGGACAGACAGGCUUUCUGAGCUAUGGUGCAAGUUUUAGCACUCCCCAGCCAGGACAGGCUCCAUACAGUUACCAGAUGCAAGGUCUGUAUAAAGUAAUUAGAAUUCGUUUGCUUUUCACAUGUUGUUUUGGUUUUGUGGGUUUUUAAAAAAUAAUAAUAAUUGAAAAUGCAGGUAGCCAAAUGAAGAUGAUAGCAGUGUAUAUUACCAUAUGUGCAAAACUAGAUAGAUUUUAAAUGAAAUUUUGCAUUGUUGAUGAUAAAUUAGUGUUUUUAAUUCAAACCUAAGUUUUAAAGGUCUCAUCAACAUAAGCAUUUUAAACAUGGCUAUUUUAUUAUGUGAUUCCAACAUUACAAUGACCUUUAUUGUAAAAUUUCAUUUCUUGCAGCAUAGUUCUCUACUGUGAUAGAAAACAGAGCAGUGUGAAAAUUUGUGUCAAGAAUACAAAUAUAAACUGACAUAAUUUCAUCCCUUAGGUGUGUUUUCUUUGUCUGUAAAUUUAAGAUGACAUUCCCUACAAGUUAACUUGUCAGAAUUAUUUAGGUAAUGUUGGCAGUAUAAUUUGGAAGUUCUAUAUGUAUUAGAUGCUAUCAGUUGUGGUUUCUUCCCCAAAGUAAUUUGAAUGUUUACUUGAUAUUAUACAUAAUGCCUAAUGUAUUGUAUAUUUCUUUGUGUUGGUACUUAUGGAAUCCAGUUCUCCUUAGGAAUAGAGAAAAGGAUUCAAAACUAACCAGAAACAUGAUCUCUAAUUUUAGACUGGGUCAGUGGGAGCUAUGCAUGUUGAAUCCCUUGGAAACCUUAGAACAGAUGUUAUGAAGCAGAGAAGCCUUAAUGUCUUAACUGUAUCAGACUUCGUUGAUGCAGAAUAGCUUUUAGGAUGUAUUGAUCUAGUCCUUAGCCAGUAAGCAAAGGAAACAUUUACCUUUAGAACUGACAGCAAACUUAGAAUGGCAGAGGUGAUGAUCUGACAUAAGGUCUGGAUUAAGACACAUUACCACCAAGUUUCCAACAGAAAGAAUAAGAUUUCUUUCAACUGAUUUUUUUUUUUAAAAAAAAUUGGAAUUAUGUCUGAGUCACAUCUUCUUUUGUAGGAUCUGGCAGCUGCUUCAGCCUAAUUUUUAAAUAUUGUUUAAUUUUGUCGUCUUUUUUCUUUUUGUUUUGAAUAGUGGCCUUAUCAUAUAAUAAUUCAAAUAUGGUUAGCAGCAACAUUGCUGAGAGCAAAAGCAGCAGAGUCAGGACCGUGAUUCCUGCAUCCUACAUUUUUCGUACUCUAAAUGCACAAGCACUUUUGCAUCCUGCUGAGUUUUCACAAAUCACCAAAGAGCGAUUUUCACAGAGGUUCAAAGGGUUCAAAAAUGUGCCUUAUCUUCUCUUAAUUAGUAUAAGUUGAGGACUAUAGGGAAGUUGCAUAUGUUGGUAGCUGUAGUAAAAUAGUUUGAAAAUGGCAUUUGCUUCUUUCUUAUCCAUGAAUACUGAUUUGUACAAUCUGAAAUGUACAGUGGGUCUCACUUCUGCAUAGGAUUGAUAAUUCUAAUCUGAGGUUGUGAUGGUGAAAACUGAAAUAGCUUUCUUUAUUGUGGAUAAGUUAAUGCAAAACACUUUUGCUCCGGCUUUGCCCAUCCUUGGUUUUAGCUCCGCCUGCUGCUGGCAUGCAGCCUUCAACAGAUUACCCCGAAAGAAUGUGGAGUUCAGCAGAAUAAAGGUUGCUCCCCGAUAUAAAGCAUAAUUAACAUGGCCUUAAGUUUGGAAAGCUAGCUCUGGACCCUGUAAUGUAUAUUCUGUUUUUGUUUUUUAAUGUUACAGUUUUGUUGUCCUAAAAAAAAUAAUGGGUGUCAGACCCUCAGUAAGUUAGGGACUUCCCCUGCAUGUGACUCCAAUGGGUUGAGCAGAAAAGACCAAUAGUGAGUCCAAAAGUUAUGAAGGUGGUUUCUGCAUGUGCUGUAGAGGAAAGUGAGGGGCAGAUGGGGCUCACCAACCUGGGAACGUAGCCCAUCUAGGAGAAGGAGAACUCUGUACCAAAACCUCCGCUGCCUUGCGGGAUACCUUCGGGAGAAGAAAAGGCCAAGGAGUAAACCCUAACAGGAGUCCCUGAGACGGUUGGAUGGCGCCUUGAACACCUCUUUCUGGCAGCUCCUGCAGCCACGCUUGUGCCAAAUGUAUUGCUCUGCUUUCCUUUGGACCUCAUCAGCGAGGCCGAGAGAGAGGUUUUGUCAGGAUAUCCUGCUCAGGUUUGCAUCCUGGGGAGGUCACUUUGGUGCUUAUAACAUAGCAGUUUGACUUCACCCCCAGAGGUGCCCUCCAUUUUAUCUCAAGACAGACGGAUGCCAACAAAAACACUGAAAGAUCUUCCCAUUUAUUCUUACUCUCUGCUUCCUGUUUUUAACCAGUUGCUGUUUUUAACAAACAAAAAGACUUCUGUUCUUAUCCCAUGACUGCUAAGCUUACUCAGGAGUCUUUGGUGGGGUAUUUUGUCAAAAGUGUUCUGAAAUUCUUACAUACACAGUGUUGUGGUCCUAGCAUUAUUCACGAGCCAAUUGUUUCAACAUGAUUACUUAUUUAUAAAAUGUACUUUUAAUUUGUAAAGGCGCAAAAAUGAUUUUUGUAUAAUUUUAUAGUUCAUUGGGUUAGAUGGUGGCACUCACUCUUUUUUUUGUUGAUCUUCAUAUCAUCUGAUACAAUAGCACUGUGCUUUUGUGGCAUGACAUACCUUAUUAAAAUGUGGCAAACUUUAAAGAAUGUUUUAAGUACUCCUAAGCUGAUGUCCUUGGGUGGUCUACGUAGCAGUUUUCAGAAACCUGUUUCACAUUUGUUAUGGUCUGUGAGACCCUACUUGCUCUCCAUAGGAGUCAGUAAUGGCAUAAGAUGAAAGAGAUGUUUGUUGUAAUAUGCUGGCCUAGGUGCAAUAACAGUUUUCAUUGGCUCUUGUGAACUUUCUGCCAAUAUGCAAGAAAGGCAAGUUUACAAUCCUAAGCAUGUUUACUCAGCCAUAAGUCCCAAUAAGUUCAGUUGGGCUUACCCCCAAGUAAAUAGACACAGGAUUGCCGCUUAAGUGUUAUUUUAGAUGUUAGGUAUUUUUCUUGCAUUUCUGUGAAAUUUAUACAUUAAUUGAUUCUAUAUAGGAGUACUAUGUACAUAUCCAAUUAAUCACAAACAAUAAAAUGUUUAUUCUUAAGAAAUGUUGCAUAAAGUGGUUACUUGGUCAGCAUGAUCCCACUCAUGUUUACUUCGGAGUAGGGAUAUGGAUAUCUAUUAGACCUCUUCACAGUUCCAGAAGAAACAGUAGCCAACAAGAAUCUAUGCUGAGCAACAUUCGACAAUUAUUUUAAUCACUGUCCCAAAAUAAUGUCCUAAAUGCUUAGGCACUGAUAUUUAUUUUUAUUUUCCGUAUUAAUAUAAAGGUGAAUGCUUUUACUAAAAGCAAGUAUUUGAAAAAUUGGGAGUUGAAACCCUUUAUUCCUGCUACUGAAAUAUCUCUUUGUUCUACUCAAAUGUUAAUGUGUGUCUGUUUUUUCAUAUACAACUAGUCCUGAUUUCUCCAAAGGCAGUUGGUUGGAUCCUGAGAACUGCAAGCAGAAGAAAGCUCACAGAAGGGGAUUUUCCCCACUGCAGUCUUCUGCACUCCCCGCUCAAAAGCAAUCUGUCCUGAGGGUUGCAGGAUCAUACAGAACAGGGUGAGAUUGAACAUGAGAGGACUGCUGUGGAAGGGGUGAAUUGACACCUUCUGUGAGCCCACUAUUCAUUAAUUCUCUCUUUCUGUUAAUUUUCAUUUGCUCAUCCUGUUCUGUUCUGUGGGGUCCCCAACCACAAGGACCAGCUUUUUCGGGCAGGGUGGAGAGGGCCACUGGGAGGAAGUUUGUAAAGCCCCCUUCUGCAAGCUUGUUUCUGCUUAUGGUUGUCAGGAUCCAACCUGAUGUCUUGAGGUAUCCAUAGUAAGUGUCUGCAUAACUGGAUGGCUCAUGAACAUGAGUAUAAAUAACUUUUUAUUUUUUUCUCUAAGGCAUUUAGAGAGAACACUAGUUAAUGCAGACUAGUUUAUCUAAAGGAUUACCAUGUAAGCUGUUUAUGCAGUAAAUCUCAUACUUCAAUAUGGAGCCCAUUAUAUGGUGUUUACAAAAUUAAGGAAGGAACAUUUCUAAUAUACUAUGUAGUUUAGAUUUCCUUUAUAGACUUUUCAAAGUGAGGAUCUUUUAACAAAAUCAUUUAAUUACAAUCCUAUGGAAGGGCCAAAAGGCAGUGCUAUUUUUCUAGAAAAAGAGGUGCUGAAACUCACCAUGAACGCCUCCCCUGUUCUAUUAUAACGGCGAUGUUGCCCACCUGAGAGGUGCCGGCUGCAAAAAAGCCCUACCAAAAGAGAUUGCUAUCCUUGGAAGUGGCUGGGAUCUGAAGGAUCCCUCUACCACUCUCUAGCUUGUGUGUGUGUGUGUCUUAGAUACAGUUCCAAGCAUAUCCUAAUGUCAUUCUCUCAGAUAUCUUUGGACCAUUGUUCCUCUCAUUGGUUCUCCUUUUGGUACCUUAGUUAUUAGCUAUUCUGUAAUCAUGAUAAAUGAAAAAGGCAGAUUAUGAGGAUGCUUUGCUACUUCAGUGCCUCCUGGAAAUUGCAGCUUUUUGUAUUCCCCAUUUCCUCUCCCCUCCUCCAUACACUUUCACUAUUAAGUGUCCAUAUGUUCACAUUUGCUUUUGGGCCUAAAAGGAGGUUGCUGCCCUUUUAGAAAUUCAGCUUUGUAGAUAAAGGCAUUAAGACAAGAGUGCCCAUCUGUCCAUUUUGGACAGCUAAGGUUGAGAGAGUAUUGCAGUGUCCAGGCACAUUUAGGCUAUAGCCUUUCUACUUGAAAUGUCAUAUAAUAAUUCUCGUAGUGUCGGGGCAACCAUAACUUCUCAAGGAAAGAGAAAACUGCUGCCCAAGGCUGUAUACUCAAGAACAUUUAAUGAACUAUAAUUAUCUGUGCCAUUAUUGAAAAGCCCAUAAGGUUCAUAGUUGGUGGUGAAAACUUCCUUUGUGUUUCUGUAGCAUGGAGGAAAACAUUAUAGCAAUAAUAAAAGGUUUCAUUUUUUAAGGACUACAAAGUAUAAGUCUUGUCAACAGCAAUAGAUGUUUGGAGUUCUCAGUAACUUCCAGGAUAUGUGUCAUUUCUCCCCCCCCCAAAAAAAAAACACACACACACACACACAAAAUGUGACAAUGAGACAUAUUUUCAUAAUAUUUAUUUAUAAACAAAUAAAUCAGUGGGGUUUUUCCAAAUAAAUGUUUUAGGACCACAAUCUCUAUGUAGUUUUGCACUGAUCUGAAACUUACAAGGCUACAUAAGCAGAAUAACUGCAUGCAGAUAUUGCUCUGGAUUACUAUUUAAGACAACAGGGGGAGAUCUCAUAUUUGAAUGCUUAUCCAAAUAAAAAGCUUCCUCCACAUAUUUCCAAGGAGUAGCUGUGUUCAUCUGUUGCAGUAAAAUCAGAUAAGAUUAACCUAUUUAUUAUGACAUGGACUAGAGUUUACUUCAUCAGUGCUUGACGUGUUAUCCGGAUACACAUAGUUUGGGAGGGGGUGUAGUAAACAGGUGCUGGGGGAAUGAAAUAUAGAGUGUACAGGAGGUGAUAAUUAUGUCAUUAAUAAGGGCCAGUCACAAAACAUGAGAACAGACAGCCUAGCAAUUGAUAAGCCAGUUAAAAUAGAUGGUCACCUCCAUUGAACAAAAUAACUUCAAACAGAGACCACAAUGUGAAAUGAAUUACACACACCCACACACACACACACACACACACACACACACGUGUGUACGUGUAUCUGUAACACUUUAGCCUUCUUGUGAAGUAGACUCUAGUCUAUGAAAGCUUAUGCCAUAAUAAAUGCUAGUUUUCAAAGUGCCACCAGACACUCUUGUUGCUUUUUCUCUUCACAUAGAAAAUCAGCAUGUUAGUUUUCAAUAGUGGAGGGUGUCUUUUAUAUGAGGAAGCAUUCUUAACACAGGAACCUUCCACCUGUAGUUUGAAGUGGCACUUAACUGAAAGUGGCACACAGUGUAAACUGUGCCAUUGGCUCUACUGAUCAAGCUUUGCUCUUAUGGGUACCUAACAUAAUAAAAUGAAGCAAAGUGAUUUUGACUUCUGAUUCUACUCUUAAUACAUUUCAUUUGAAUAACUUUUUAGCUUUCAUAUAAUCUAGAGCCCUGGAAGUAAUUUAUCACUUCAUUCGCAGUAUAGUCUUACUGUGGAUUACUUAUUGUACCAGCAUAUGAAAAAUUCUGUUUUAUCACUGUUGAUUUGUUGUGUUGUUCUUUUUAGAGACAUUGUAUUGACUAUAAACUUUUUUCCUUUUUUUGUUCUGUUUCAGGAAGCAGUUUCACUACAUCAUCUGGAAUAUAUGCUGGAAACAAUUCACUUACAAAUUCUACGGGAUUUAACAGUUCACAACAGGUAAAUAUGUCAACAGGAUGCCAAAAGUGUGUUUUGAGAAGGAUAAUACAACUCAUAUCUGUAAUUCUACAUAAAACCUUGAAGUUCUUUAGAAUUUUGAGGAUUACCUUAAUGUUAGUUGUAAUAGCCCCUCUUUAUUGUCUUAAAAAAAAUGUCAGGAUGAUAUUUAUACCCAAUUCUGAUAUAGUUUUUCUAAAAUUCAAUUUCCUAUUUAUGCAAAAUAAAUACUGGUUGUGAUUUCCUACUCUGCAAAAUCCAAGAUGGCAGAGAAAUUGAAGCAUCUGUUUGCACUUACAUUUUGGAACGCACACCAAAAAGUAAGCAGCAUGUUGAUGGGAAAGUCUCUAAUACAGCUUUUUUCUCCACUCUGGUAGGAGUAUCCUUCUUACCCCAGCUUUGGCCAAGGUCAAUACGCACAGUAUUAUAACAGUUCUCCAUAUCCUUCGCAUUAUAUGACAAGUAGCAACACCAGUCCAACAACCCCUUCUUCCAAUGCGACAUACCAGCUUCAAGAACCACCAUCUGGCAUCACAAGUCAAGCAGUUGCAGAUCCUACAGCAGGUAAAUGCAUAGAUUUGAUUGUACCUAUAGGCCACAAUUUGGUACUUGAAAUUUAUUUUUAGAAGAAUUCUGAAUGUAUGGUGGCACUUAUUAAGUAAGGACUGGCUCAGCAAGGGGUAAGUGGACAGCAGUGAGUUUUUAAAUACAGGUUUUCCUAUAGUUACCGCCUCAAAUAAUUUAUAAACACCAGCAUUAAAAAGUAAAAACACAGAUUACAAGAUGUGUUAUAGUCUUUUCAGAUGUUGAGCUCAUUACUCAAACUUUAGUUAAUAUUUGCCAUCAUGACUGUCCCAAUGUUCAUGACUGGUAGGUGGGGUAAGCAUUGCACACCAUAGCUUCUCUGGUGGCACUGCUGGUGGUGGUGGCUCCACGGCAGCAAGAACCCGAAGUGUUGCCCAGGUGGGUCUGAAACUACCAUCCAUGGUAGCUGGUGGGAAGUCCUGAAAUGGGACGUUUCAGGGGUAUCCACAGCUCUGCAGAUCCCCCAAAGAACUUCUGGUUUUAGGGCAUCUUAAUUGGACCAGCCUGCAACAGGCACAGCCAAAAAAAGGAUGUGUAAGAACUUCACUAGGCUUGCUUAGUCCAGCUGCAACCCUGCGUACAUUUACUUGGAGUAGACGCCACUGAACGCAGUGGGACUUCUGAGUUGGAUUGCACUGAAAAGCUUGACUGCAAGUUGCAAGUCCAUAUUUAGCUAUAAUAAUCCCCAGAUGUUCCAGUCAUCACUAAGCAUCAAUCCAGAGGCUUAGGGAGGAUGGUGGCCAUUGGAUGAUAGUCAAUGGGAGAAGCUCCAGCAGUGAGUUUUAUCCCACCCCAUUUGACCCUCUUUGCCCCAUAAUAUUUAUCAGAGAUGCUGGUGCCCUACUUCCUCCACACUCCAAAAUUUAAGCUGAAAGUUCUCCACAGAAGACAUAGUUUUAAACUAAUUCUAAACUAUCUUUAAACUGAUUUCAAGAGCAAAGAAUGUGAGAGAGCAAAGAACAAAGUUUACAGGAAUCAGUGAACUUUUAGGUUAACUUUGGCCGGCUUAUGUUCUAUGAAUUCUUGGAAGCUGGAGGAUGUUUUGUUUUUUAAGAAAUAACCCCUCCAAGUAUUGGAAAGGAGAAUUUUCAGUUGACUUCAUUGUUGUAUAUAUUUGGGUUAGGAAGAAUUCUGACUUCCAGGAAUUAGUGUACCACUAGUAACAUAAAUACAUAUGGUAAUCUAUUACAAAGUACACCAAAACUUUGUGUGGCCAUUUCAGUGCAUCAUACUUAAAGAGAAACAAAAUCAAAGAACUACAACUAAACUAAAAUAUAAGCAAUUUUUUCUUCUGAAGCAGAGUACAGUACAAUCCACAGCCCAGCAACACCCAUCAAAGAUUCUGAUGCAGAAAGGUUGCGUCGCAGCUCAGAUGGCAAAUCACGUGGUCGAGGCAGAAGGAAUAAUAAUCCUUCACCACCGCCUGACUCCGACCUAGAGGUAUUGUAUAUGAAGUAGCUAUUUUAUUUAUUUAUCUCUCAUACUCUUCAGAAGCAUUGGGGCGAGACAGCAUUCUAAGCUAAGAGAUGCAUAAAACCAAAUUCCAGCACAUGAAAAUCCUCAAAAGCAAAGCAAAAUUAUAAAUUCCAGCUAAAAACCAUUCCACUCCUACUUAGUCUUAUAUUUUGACCUUUCUCACAAGGGAGUUUCCAUCCCCUUCAAAAUUACUCACCCCUAGAUUGUGUCCUCUGCUUGCUGAGAGGUAAUAGCUACCCAGGGCAUCACUGCAACACUUCUACUGCUUCCUGCUGGAAGGGCACCUCCCUAAAUCUACUGCAGGGAUAGGAAACCAGUCACCCUCCAAAUGUUAAUUCUUAGUAGAAAAGUAUGUCGUUAAUGUGGAGAUUUUACAUUACUUAUUGACGUUGUUCUGAAAUGUAUGGGUUUCUCUAAAAUAGUAAGAAAGGAUAGCUUUGUUAUGGUACAACAUUCAGAAUAGUUUGUUCACGUGUACAUCCAUUGAUCAAAGCUUUUUUUCCUAUUUUAAUUAUCAACUUUACAGAGGGACCCAUUGAUUUGGUUAUCUUUUUACAGAGAGUAUUCAUUUGGGAUUUGGAUGAGACAAUCAUCAUUUUCCAUUCCUUGCUUACAGGAUCCUAUGCUAACAGAUAUGGGAGAGUAAGUACCAUGACAGUCAAUGUCUAUAUGUGUUUAUGUGGAAAGAAUCUAUAGUAUGGUGUGGUAGUGAAGUAAAAAGUAAAGUAGGAGAACUGUCUAAUGGUUCCCAUCCAGGUUUUCAGUGCUGGUGGCACAAAAACAAAAUUAGUAGUAUACAAGAUUGUCAGAUCAUAAAUUGCUUUGAUCUAAUUAUCAGUGUAAUCCCAUGCUUGUUUCCUCAGGAGUAAGUCCCACUACUUAUUUCCCAGUCAGUGUUGUUAAGGUUUUAUCCUACAGAGUUAUUUGACCUUGUUUAUAAAUUAGAAGUGAGGAAUUAGAUAAUUAUAUUCUAUUAACGAAUAAACCAACCAAUAUUUGCAUGAUUUGAAUAUCAGCCACUGGGGAACAACAGCAGAAGAUGGCUAUUGCACUCAUAUCCUUCUUGAUUGCUUCCCAUAGGUAUCUGUUUGGUCACUGUCAGAAACACCAUGCUGGACUAGUUAGGCUUUUGGCCUUAAUUUGCAGAGUUACCCUUAAGAUUCUUAUUACUGUCUCUGGGAUCUUCCCAGCUGAGCAUUCAUGCUAUUACGUUCACACAGAGGUUAUAAGACAUCAUCAGCACUUGGUUGCUAUCCUGCAAUUUCCAGUUUAAUUUCCCAUCAGCUUUUUAAUUGGCCUUUCUGCAGUUGGAUAAAUGAUGGGCUAUUUGCACUAGAAAGUGUGGAUUAACCACAUUUGUUUGGAUUAACCACAUAAACGACCUGAAUGCAAGGGCCCUAUGACAUAAGAAGUCUCAUAUCAUGCAGGAAGAUCAUAUUCUAUGGCUCUUCCCAUUACAUUAGUCCAGUUUUCAACCUAUGAAGCUGCCUUAUACUGAGUCAAACCAGUGGUCUGUCUAGCUCAGUAUCAUCCAAACUGACUAGAUGUGGCUCUCUGGGGUUUCAGGCAGGACUCAUUCCUACAUGGAGAUGCCAUGGACUGAACCUCAGACAUUCUGCAUGCAAAUAGAGCCUCUAUCACGGAGCUAUAGUGCUUCCCCUGUUCUCCAAGGAUUGACACUGGUAUGGGAACAGCUGCAGCAUGGUUUCCUCCCACAUAGUCUAGGACUUUUCACAGUAUCCCAAUGCACCGGAAUGAGUAGUGCUGCAGCUGCUCCCACAGUGCUAGGCCCAACUAUCACCCUCUCCUAAUAUUCUAAAAUUGAUAAUAUACUAGUAAAGAAAUGAAUGUGUUUGUCCCUAUUACUUACGUUGCGUGAAAGCAAAGAACUAUGUAUAAGAUUAUGAAAGGGAGUUUGCUAUGGCAGAUGUCCAAAAAAAAAGAGUGCUUGCACUGUAUGACUCAGUGUAAAAAAAUUAUUUUAAUUGAAAAAAAGGCACUGAAAUUGCCUCCAAUACUUUAAUAUAGAUCAAGCAAUUUAAUCUAUAGAGAACUGAAUAAAUAACUUUUGAUGUGUGUAUGUCAAAGCUAUCCUGCUAUUAAAUAAAUGGGCUCAUGUGUAUAUCUCUGACAUGCUUCAGAAUGAUGAUGUGAUAAAGCACUGCACGCUACCCUUAAAAUAUUAGUCAACGUAAUCUCUGUUUCUCUUGUUCUUAGUAUGAAGUGCUGUUUUUACAAAGGCUAGAUAAAUGUUUAAGAGCACAAUCAAGCUUUACAGUGUUUGCUGGAGGAGUUUUUUUCCUUCUCAUCAAAAGGGUGGUGUAUGUUUUUUGCAUAUUGUAUUGCAGACCGUGCAAUCCUGAUCUCCCUUGAUGUUGAUGUCUGGGGUGCUGGUGAUUAGGAUAUUGUGUACUCUUCCAUUUGGUGGCCUCCAUUUGCCACCAGUUGGAGAGGCUCUACUGUAGCUGGCCUAUUUGGUGGUUUUCCUCUCAGUGGAACUCUCCAAAAUAAGGUGGGAUGCUGGCAGCUUGGGAUCCCCUAAAGGGCUUGAUCCUAGAUCUUCUCUGCUAUUCCAGUUAUAUAAUGAAAAACUGGGGGCAGGAGCCGGGGGGCACGUCAAUGCCCUGGCUGGUUUGAUGCAGCAAGUUUUGGGAUUUGGCAGUCAUUCCUCUACUCCAACUUGUUGCUCCCUGGCCAGAUUGCUGUGCUGCAUGAGUUUCUCAUACUAUAAGCAACUUUAGUGUGUUAGAGUGAAAUUUGAUUCAUCCCUGAAUGAAAGAAGCAACAGCAAACAAAACCUCAUGUGCUCAUUAGAAUGCAGCUCAGAGCAAAAAGGAAUUGGCCAAUUCAGGACAACAACUUUUUUGCUGAGAAGUGUCAUGAAUGUGCAGUGUACAGGUUGCCCAAAAUAGGGUGUUCAUUUUAAAAGUAAUGCUAGGGUUACAGACACCAGUGAAUGCAGCAUUAGUGAACAGGGCUCCCCAGGUGUACACUGUGCAAGUGUAUUAAUACUGCACAUGUACAAAGUGGCAUUUGAUUUAAAUAAGAGGCUGGCCACAUGUAACCUUGCAUGAGUGAUUUGCAUUUAUAUACCCAGCAUCACAUUUAAAUCAGGUGUGAUCCCUGUGAUGGGGUGAGCUCUCGUUGUACUACAAGCUGGCAGCAAGGUUGGUGGUUCGAAUCCUCGCGACGGGGUGAGCUCCCGUUGCUCGGUCCCUGCUCCUGCCAACCUAGCAGUUCGAAAACACGUCAAAGUGCAAGUAGAUAAAUAGGUACCGCUCUGGUUGGAAGGUAAACGGCGUUUUUGUGCGCUGCUCUGGUUCGACAGAAGUGGCUUAGUCAUGCUGGCCACAUGAUCCGGAAGCUGUACGCCGGCUCCCUCGGCCAAUAAAGCGAGAUGAGCGCCGCAACCCCAGAGUCGGUCACGACUGGACCUAAUGGUCAGGGGUCCCUUUAUUGCUGUUAGAGCUCUGUUUCAAUGAGAGGAAGAAAAGAAGCAAAGCAACGAAGUUACAGUGACAAAUCAAGGGGGGAGGCGUAGUAAUUCUGGCACUGAUCAAAAUUACCAUUUUAUCUUCUUCAGUAAUUCUGCCGUAGUAGUGGGUGGAAGUGAAGAAGUCCAGGUUUGAUGCAUUAUAUUUUUAGACCUUUUAAGAUAGAUCUAAAUAGCUCACUUUUUUUAAAAAAAAGAUAGUGUUAUAACAAAUAUAUCUGACAAACUGAUGUGUUUCGUAACAAAAAAAAUAACACUGAUGUUGUGGAUGCUAGCCAUGGGGUGAUCAUGAGAUUCACAUUUCACAUUUCUCACACCAAUCAUGAUGGCAAUAGAUGUGGCUGGAGGGGAUGUGCGUGCAUUUUCUCAUUAACAAAAUACUGUCAUUUGAGCGCAGGGCAAAAGCAAUUUCUCUGCAAUAUAAGUAUUAUCUUAAAUAAAGAUGUUUAGAUUUCAUUCAAAAAAAUGACCAGCAGCUAUGUUAAAAAAGAAAUUGUGGAAGUGCUGGAUAUAUUCUUCAAAUGUUUACAAAGAGAGAUGCCUUCUGCAGAUUUGUGUCUCUAAUCAAAUCACCUCUUGCAGCGUUAGCAGCUGGCAUGCACCACAAAGUGGUCAAUGCCAAGUGCUUCAUGAAUGAUUAUUUGAAACUAUUUUAAAAAAUCAAUUGCUGCAUAACAUGAAAGACGCUAAGAAAAGUUGUGACAUUAAAUGGUUCAGAUGUAACAUCAAACCAUGGUUUGAUACUAUAUGAAUGAGCAAUUUUGGUUUGUCCACUCUCCACUUUUCCCAUUUCACUGCCAGAUCCUAGUGUUAAAUCCUGAUUUGCAGGACAACAAAAACCAUAGUUAGCUAGUUCAGAUGAAAGGAGGUAGGGAAUUGCCAUGUGCAAGGGUAGAAAAGGAGGAAGAGUGCUAACCCAAGGCUCCUUGACAACUCAUUCAUGUACCUCCAAAUAAUGGUUUAACAUUAUGUCUGAACCACCUUAAUGGUAUUUGAAUUUUUGCAAUCCUGAUCAGAAAAGUUAUUUUCUCUAGGGGGCGGGGAAGCCUACCUGAUUUAAUUCUAAGAGAUCCUUAUGUAUGCUUUAAUGUUCUGUGAAGAGGGGAGGGAAAACAAAAACCCUCUUUCACAGAAGUCUUCAAUUGUGGCUUUCCAGCUUAACUGGAAAAUAAGCCAAGACACGUACAAUAAGUGAACUUUCCUGUUUUUCAACUGCUUCUUACCCACAGAACAAAGGGAGUGAACAUUUUAAAAUCACAUACUGAUAGUUUUUGUACCCUGACUUCCAUGUUCAAGAAAAGAAUAUGUGGUCUAUCACACUGGUAUUUCCCCUUUUAAACUGAACAUUCACCUGAGAUUUGCACCUUUAUACCUUAUUAGACAUUCACAUUGAACUACAGAUCCUAAUAAACUUACAAUGGAUGGUAGUUUUCCUUAACUUUCAGUUCUCAGUAAUUAUUUGGAAAUUAAUGGUUCUGAAUAGCAAAAGAGGACUUGGGUUGUAGUAUUUGAUUACACCAACGCUAUACACCAUUGUACUUGUGUUCAGUGUACACAGGGAUUUCAAGCACAAGACUUUUUCUUUUUAAAAAAAUCUUUAUCCUGUAGAUUGCUUGAGUCAAUGCAGUUUGGUUUGGGAACAGAGAGAAUCUAGGAGAGCAGUGAGAAAUUUAUUUCUAUAGAUUCUUGGUAGUGUCAAAAAAAAAAAAAAAAGGAUUUUGCAAUAUUGCUGUUCCAGAGACUCUAGGUAGGAAAGUGAGGUUAUUCAUAAUCAUAGGAUUCUGCUCUGUGAUGCAGGAGAAAAGGGUAUAAGCUAAUCAAAGAAAUGUAGUCCUGGAAAUAGUAGUUAAAAUUGGAAUGAGAAGCCAGACUGGAAUGUAUAUUAUAUAAUAUAGAAACAUGCUUAAUACUGAGUCAGUUCAUUUGAUCCAUCUUCCUCCAUAUUGUCUACACUGGCUAGCAGUAGGUCUCCAGGAAUUCAUACUCAAGUCUUUUCAGACCCUGAAGCUUUUUCAUUCAAAGCAUAUGCUCUAGCUCUGAUCUAUUACCCUUUCCUUUGAGAUAUAGAAUAGAUAUAGAUACAUACACAUACACUUACAUAUAUUAUAAAUAAAUCAUGUUUAUAAAUUUUGUCCUGUUCUUAGCAUUGUUCUUUGCCCCCACUUGGAUGGGCAGCCAUGUUAGGUUUAGAGAUUUCAAACCUCAUUUUUCUUUAUGAAUAUAUUCAGAGUAGCAAAAUUACCUAAACACGUCAGAACAUUAAGUACAAAAUAGUUGUAUUUUGUUGUUUUAACGAAUUUAAAGCAUUUAUGUUGAAACACUCUGGGAAGUUAUUGCCAGACGAAUGAUUGAUUAAUGUGGGAGAUAUCUAUCCCAAUCUAGUUUAUUUAUUAGCUUUUUAAAAUUUAUAACCAAUUCUUUCAAAAUUAUGUUUUCAUGUUCAUGACCUUGAAAAAUAAUUUUGUUAAAUUGCAUGCCCUAUGUAUAUACUAGGGCCCUGUUGCAAUUCAUAGAUUAAUAAUGUAUAUUAAACACACACAUCUGUAUUGUAUUUGCAAACCACAAUGCUGAGCACAUUCUGAUUUCAUUAGAUCAGUAAGAAGUAACUUGUUAUGGUAAUGUCUGUAGAGCAAUUAAAGUGUGUUGUACAUGAAUAAAAAAACCCCUAUAGAUUUCUUCUCCAUAUGGGUGGGCUAUAGCUGAAUGAUUAGUAUUUUAUUAGAGUCCUUAAAUCUAUUGUGUAGUAUUUCGGGAGGAGUCCAUAGAUCUAUUUCAGAAUAUAUGUGGAAGGUUCUGGUUCAGUUCCUAGUAUUUUUCCAGAAUUGAGCUCAUGUAGCAGAGCUGAGGAAACUCUCCUGAGGACCUAUGAAACAAAGGUUUGCCAAAGUAUAAGGAAGCUUCGUAUUUCUAUUCAAUUAGACUACAGUGACCUCCACCCCCCCCCCAAAAAAAACCCCUCAUGCAUAGGAUCUUUCCUGGCCCACCUUUUUAGCAAAUCACUUCAUACCCCUCCACACCAUGUAGCCCAAACUGCUCUAAUCCACAAUAUCCCACAUACUAACUACUGCAGCAACAACAACAGUACUUCAUUGGAGCACCUUUGGGCUCAGACCUAGGAUGGCAGACUCUGGAGGACCAGGAGGAGAGGGAAUGGGAGUAGGAAGCUGGAUCAAAGAAGCCCUUCCCUCCCUCUGAACACAUCUGGCUUCAAUGUAUAAAUAACCUAAAUAAAUAAAUGCAAAAUCUGGGCUCAUAACAGACUGGUUUGGGUGGCAGAGAACUGUAGAAUUCUAGGCUUCCUUUCUAUACAUUACCGACUAUAAUUGUUAUUUUUUUCUUUGAGGACCCCCCUACUUCUGUUUCCUUGGGACUGAGGAUGGAGGAGAUGAUUUUCAACUUGGCAGACACACAUCUAUUCUUUAAUGAUUUAGAAGUAAGUAAUCAUAGUUCUAUCAAGACAAAAUUUACUAUUAGUUUCUUUUUAAAGGCUUGUAGAGUGCAAUCAUAGCUGGCACAAGGGAGGAAAAUAACACUGGAUCUGCAAUGUCACUUCUGGUUCAUACCAGCCUUGGCAGAAAAUGAGGAGGGUUCCUCCUCACUUUUCACUCCAAGCUGGUGUAGCUGCCAGGCCCAAAGAUCAGACCCUUCAGGGGAUCUGGACGGUUUGGGGUCUGCUCCUGACCUGGUGGUUUGCUACCCAUAAAAAGUCCAAUUUCUGCGCUUUCCACUUGCUAGUGAUGGCAGUAGAAUUAUUGGCAGUAGCUUUCUACUACCUGGAUGCAGCUGGAGCCUCCCCAAUGCAGCAAAGCCCUACCCUUGGUGACACCUAUGUGCCAUCCUAGUUCUACACACACCAGCCAUCAACAUUGGAGUGAGGGUUGUUUUGACCUAUCAGAAAUGCUUAUUUGCUUGAAUAUGGCAGGGGUACUCCAAUUCACAUCAACUCGAACCAGCGUAACCAGUGGUCAGGGAUGAUAGGAGCUGUAGGCCUGCAACAUCUUGAAAACAGUAUGUUGGAUAAUCUGGAAAUAUGCUGCACAAGGGCUACAUGAAUAUAUUUGCUCACACAAAAUAUCAGUUGUAAUGUGUUUCACUUCCACAUUUAGUAGCUGAAAACGUUGUUUGGACUGUUGAUGGCUACAUCUUAUUCAGUUAUAAUUUUGAUCAAAGUAUGCAAGUUCAAACAUCGGAACAUAAUUGUUUAUGCAGACAAUUGAAUAUUAAACCUUGCUGCCUUCUUAAUGAUCACUAGGUGUAUGUCUCUUUCUCAAUUGCAACCCACUGGGAGGAAGUCUGUCUUUCAACCGAAGGAAAAUCAUUAAUGUUGAAUGAUUGGUAGACUCAGCUGCUUAUUAAAACGGUGUUUCUGCAUAGGACUAGGGCUGGGCGAUGUUGGGUCUUCAACAUUGCCGUAUAUUGCUGGUGAAACUGCCGCCGCUUGAGUCCCUCUGCCUCUCUCCCCCAGCUAGUUUGUUUCUCCCUCUGUCCCGCUGGGCACUGGAGGCAGAGGAAUUUAAGAGCAGUGACGGUUUCACUAGUGAUAUACCGCUGAAUGAAGCUGUCAUUGUUGUCUGCCCCCACGUACCAGUCCUGGGUGAUACAUUGAUAUAUUGCCCAGGCCUACAUAGUACAUAGAGCUUGUUCCACUUCUUUUCAUUAGGCAUGCAAGUCUUGUGUGAAGACCAAUUCAUAGACAUUUGUAGUUGAUUGUGGUGGUUGUUUUCAGCUUGUCAGUAGACCUUUCCAUUUGAGUAAUGAAAUGUGACCAGAGAACUAGCUGAAUACAGCAGCAGGGACCUCUGUGAUCAGAAGGAUCUCAGCAGUAGAACUAUUACAUGAACUGGAAAAAGAAAAAGAAAAAUGGGAAGCCAUUUCAGUUGUCGAUGCUGUUACUUUUGUAUCCAUCUUUUUGGAACUUUCUGCAUAGACUUCCAGUAAAGUGCUUGUCUGUUUAAUCUUACAAUGGGAAAGGCAAUUUCUGUUGUUAUUAUCAUAAAAAGAAAAGAAUAUAUUAAAACAGUCAAGUUUUGCUCCCAUCAUAAUAAAGACAGCUGUUUAUUUAAAAUCCAACCAUUAAACAAGCUUGUGGCAGGGCUGCCAACAGGCAUUAAUCAUCACGUUGUUGUUUUGUUAGAAUUUAUAAAUGUAUGUUAUUCCAGACAGGCAAAAGAAUCCAAAAGAUUCAAAUACAACUUUUGCUGAUCAAAGUUAAUUGGCAGCAAUUGGCCUUUAAAUAUUUCCUGAUGUUUCCUUUUCUAAAAAAUCAAGUAAAAUACACCUUAUUUAAUAGAUGAGCCAAUAUCAUUUGAAAAAUGCUAGUGUGUGAGGAACCUUAAAUGUGGUUUCUCAGACAUCUGUCCUAUAUUUUGAUUUCUUUUCAUCUGCAAAGAAACUACUCACAGAUGAAUUGGCAACUUAAGAAUGUAAUAAAAUUAUUUAAAUGUGCUUUAUUUUUUCUUUCAUUCCUUAGUGAAGUAUUUAUUUCUUCACAUUUAAAAUGCAAGAAUUCAUGCAUUUGCAAGUGUUUUCAAUAAUGCAAUUUAAUGUUAAAGACAUUUAUUGUUUUGGUAUUGAAUGACAUGUAUUGGAUUGUUAUUCUUCCAAAAAAGAAAAUAACAAGGGUCCUUACUUUCCAAGGCUGUAUAUGUAUUUUUGGUUGCAUUCAAUUUUAUGCAAGCUAUAAAAAAUAGUAUCAUAUCCUAAGCCUACAUCCAAUAGUUUAUAGUGUUUUCUUUUGUUUUACCCAACCAUAAAUCUACAUGUAUACAUAUGUAAGGCCUUGUAACGUCUUGCAACUACAAUUGAUGUCAAUAGAAAUUAACUAUAAGUUUAGUGGUUAUGACAAAACGCUGGCAACGUUAACAGAGAUUUUUGGAAUUUACUUCGUAUGCCACACAGGGCUUGCGAGCUGAGUUUCCCGAGCAGCAGCUUCUCAACUCACACUGUAAACUGCUUUUGAAACAUGGUGACAUUUCAAAAGCAGCUUCAGCCAGUCCAUUUAAGCAUGUGAAUUUGUGAUCACAUUGUACAUUCCUAAAAAUAUUAUGUGCAGUUCUAUUGCCGCACCUCAAAAAGGAUGUUGAACCCAGUAUAUUGAUGUGGAGUGCAGGAAAGUUUCUCCUGCAAGUUCCAAGGAUUACCCAUGCUUUUCAGAGCAGGACUUUUAGUGUGGCUUCCCUUGUUCUGUGGAAUAGCAUUCCUGUUGAGAUACAACAGGUUUCCAUUAUCUGCACUUUCCAGAAACAAGUGGGAACUUUUGUUCUGACAGGCUUUUCUGGCUGGAUAAAUGGGUCUUUAGCACAAGUUUCGACUUGUUAGGGUUUUAGUCUUGUUUUACAUGCGUUUGCUCUUUAUGUGUUUUUAACUGUUUUUAAUUGUCUUAUGUGUAAAUCACCUUGAGACGGUUGUUUAGAAGCUGAUUAAGAAAUCAAUGGUGGUGAUUAAGAAUGAUUAUGGCAGUGGUAGUGAUGAUGCUGUUUUCAGUGGCAGUCCCUUGUUUUCAUAAUCUGUGGCUGUGCCUUUAGUAAAUUAUUCCACUAAUACUGUAAUAUUUUAUGUUAGUUGUGGCCCUGCAGUAUUGUGGUAGAAUGGACAUUUAUAUUCUAGAUAAUAGUUUUGGAAUAGAAACUUUAAAAAGACCAACUGCACAGUAAUUCUCUGAACUAUACAUUUUCUUUUAACGCUCUAAAGGACAGAAAACAACAUUCUUUCAGAAAAUAUGGAAGAUUUUAAUGUGCACUGCACUGCAAAACCUCACAAUAGGUUUCAGGAGGGGGGAGUUUCUAGAAAAGGAAUACUAAUAGUUACACCUCAUGUGAUCAUUAUAAAUAGUUGAAUAGACAAUGUGACCGCGUUUGAGAAGUAUUUGGUCCUUAUGAAAAGUUAUGUGCAGAUGUUUUGAACAUGAAAACAUUUUUUCUGCUUACAAGAUUACCUGUGUUUCCGGCUUCUUGCUGGGUUAUGACAACACUCUUUAUUAGAGUAUUUUGGCACAUCUGGUCUCAGGCAGAACCAGGAAGUGUAGAGGCAUGGGGAAAAAAUGAAAAACAAUGGCAAGGAAGUUAUCUGAGCCUUUCAAACCCCUUAAACAGGUUUGUUUCCACUCUGCAUUGAGUUCUAGGGAAAGCUUUGCGUCACUUUUGAUUUAAUCACCACUGGAUGAACCUUCCUUUAGUUCAGUUUAGUGAUGGAUUUAACUGUGUGUCCUCCCUGCCCCCUGCCACCCACUGUUCUACUCUGGAGACAGACCAGUUGUAAGGUCAUAUAAGUUUCUUUCUUUAUAGAUCAAAGUAGACACUGAGCAACAAUGAAUAAACACCCCGGCUGCUGGGGUGUUUUCAGCAUCAGCUUAUUAGGCUGCCUGAAAGCACUGAAUUAUGUAUGGGCUAGCAAUACAAUAUAUCUGACCUUUUGGUUUGUCAACUGUAUUGUGUAAGAGCAGCAUCCAUAUACAUACAAGUUGGCUUCAGCUAGGAGAAUUUGUUGCCUGCACUGGUCAUUUCUCACUGGUCUGGCAUGACCUGAAAUGCUUCCUUGCAACUAAUUCUUCCCACCCUGCAAUGUUUUUCGUUUUCCCCCAACCCACCCUUCCUGCCUGCCUUCCCUCUCACCUGGUAUGUUGUAAACUCUGUUUUUAACUUGAGGGAGCUUCACAGAUGGCUUGUUAUGUGGCCUGGGGGUUUGCGGAGAUAGCAUUUAGGAUAAAAGCAAACCUCUUGGGCAUAAACACCAACACUCUCAGUGAGUGACAAUGAAUUUAUAUGAAUAGAUGUUUUCUUAAUUUCUUAAUUUUCUCUCUCGGAAUGUCUACACCUCUGGAAUAAUAUCCUAAACAGUGUGGUCAUGGUGCAUUAGCAGGAAUACAAUUUUCACUCUUUUCAUCUAUAUGGUGUGUUUGUUAUAUCUUAGGCUUUCCGCCAUCAGAAAAAAUAAUACUGAGUACUGAGCUUUGCAUUUUGGAGUAUGAUGGAGCAGACAAAUCUGUACAAUCUCUUGGCAGCAGCGAGGCAUUUUUUAGUGCAGCUGCUGAGAAGCACAGAUCACGUCCUCCAAAUUCAAAUACUUUCUCAUGUGUAUAGUUUUCCUUUUGCAUAAUAUGACUCUACCUCUCAAAACAACUUACUAACCCACCUGUCUUCAUAUCCACAUUAUACAUUUUCCAUGAUACUCAUUUCCCAACAUGCUGAGCAUUCUGUUGUAAACACCAGUGCUAUUCCAUGUUCCUGUUUAGCUGAAUUUCUAAUUAUCCAGAUAAGGUGUCAUUUACAAACCAUUUAUCACCAAGUGUACUUGAAAGUAAGCCCCAUUGUUUUCAGUGGGAUUUGCUUCCAAGUGGCGCUGUGGGUUAAACCACAGAGCCUAGGACUUGCUGAUCAGAAGGUCGGUGGUUCGAAUUCCCGCGACGGGGUGAGCUCCCGUUGCUCGGUCCCUGCUCCUGCCAACCUAGCAGUUCGAAAGCACAAAGUGCAAGUAGAUAAAUAGGUACCGUUCCGGCGGGAAGGUAAACGGCAUUUCCGUGUGCUGCUCUGGUUUGCCAGAAGCGGAUUAGUCAUGCUGGCCACAUGACCCGGAAGCUGUACACCAGCUCCCUCGGCCAAUAAAGCGAGAUGAGCACCGCAACCCCAGAGUCGGCCAUGACUGGACCUAAUGGUCAGGGGUCCCUUUACCUUUAAGUUUUCUUAGAACAGCAAUCUUCAGCCAUUUGACAAAUCUGAUUGCUCAGUAGUGCUUUACACUGCUACUUUGUAAACAUUUUGUCUUGGUAAUGCUAUAACCAGUAGAUAAGUUUGAGGAGUUUUUUUUUUUUCUAUAAAGGAAUAAAAUUUACUAUUUCAUUGUACAAAUUUUAUGAAAUUAAUCAAAUAAAUAAAUAAAUGAUAUAGACAUACCAAUAUAACUGUAUUUUGUUCAUUUCUACACACAUAAACACAUACAUCCGCACUGAAUUUAUACUUACUCAUACCUGCUAACAUACCUAUACUGUGCACAUUUUUGAUGGGGUAAUUGAGAUAGGUGAUUUAGAUGUGGCAGAGAUAUACAAAGCAAAAAAAGAAAAGAAGCUGCAAUCCUAAAUUCACUUAUUAGAAAGUAAGUCCCAUUAGACAAAUUCAAGCUUGCUUCAGAGAAAACAUGCAUAACAUGACACUAUAAGUUUCUUAUUCCAAGCAAACCUUAUUGGAAGUAUUUAAAUCAUUACAACUUGUGAAACAACUUAGCUAGGCUCAGUCUGUAGGAUACAUACUAGAUAUUUAUUUUUUAUGCUAUUGAUAUAGUGCUUUUUAACAAAAUAUUUUCAAAGUAGUUUGUCAGUCUGUGUAAAAUAGUUGCUUGGAGCUCCACAUGAUGUCCACAUAACAAAUGCUAAAAGAAAUUUAGGCUUUUUAUUUACAGAUAUGUUUUGAUCAUUUAAUUUGAGAAUAAUUUUUUUUUUUAUUCUCUGCAAGAAUAUCAUAGAGUGCUUUGUCAAAGGUCUUGCUGAAAUCAAGAUACACUAUGUCCACAGCAUUCCCCUCAUCCACCAAUCUUCUAGCUCUAUCCCCCCCCCCCAAAAAAAUGAGAUUCAUCUGGCAUGACGUGUUUUUGGGAUUUGUUUUUAUUUUAUAUUUUGCUACAAACAGGCAGCCCAAGUUGCCAAAUGGUACUAGCAAUGAAGAGCUUUACAGUGAUACCUUGGGUUAAGUACUUAACUAGUUCCGGAGGUCCGUUCUUAACCUGAAACUGUUCUUAACCUGAGGCACCACUUUAGCUAAUGGGGCCUCCUGCUGCCGCCGCGCUGUUCUCAUCCUGAAGCAAAGUUCUUAACCCGAGGUACUAUUUCUGGGUUAGCAGAGUCUGUAACCUGAAGUGUAUGUAACCUGAAGCAUAUGUAACCCGAGGUACCACUGUAUUAGCUUAAAUGACUAAAAUACUAGAGUUCAUUUAAUAGUGUAUUUUCAGUCAUUGUGGUUGCAGAAAGAAGCAUGAAAACUUUAUUCUCCAUUCUUGCCCACAGAAAAAUUCUAAACCCUGGCCAUAGAGCCGUGGAGCAAUCGCUGAAUUCCAAGAAAGGAGGAGAUAAUUUUGUCUCUUUUGCUGUACCAUCAUCCUGCUCUGAAAGGUCCUGUUUUGUGGAUUUUCCACAGGCUGUCACUGGUGGGAGAACCAGUGGCAGUAGCUUCCUGAUCCCAUGGAUGCAGUGGGGACUUCUGCAGUAGCAGAGACUAAUGGAGCCUGAAAGAGGGUUGCUCCUACCUUAAUCCUAGUCCUUUGUAGCAGCUCAUAUAAGAGGAUGGGGUUGCACUGCAAGUAUCACUACCUGAAGUGCAUUGAGCAGGGGGUGGAAAGAAAACAAAACUGUGUCCACAGACAUAUCCUGACUUAAGCCCAGAACCCAACAAGAGGGAAGAGCUGUUAUUAAAACAAAAACAGAGUGAAAAGUGCACAGUUCAAGCAGAUGGACUUUUCAGCAGCUACAGCUGCUGAAUUUUAUAGUCUUCAUACUUGGAAUUGGAAGCUAAAUGAGGAGCAGCAAGAAUUCAAGAGGAUUAAAAGCAAACAUGAGAUAGGUGUGUGUUUGUGGGAAGGAAGCAAGUGAGGGGGUGGAACAGUCAUUACAUGUGUUUUGCAGUGACUGUAAGAGGAAGAAGUUCUGGAGGCUGAAGUGUUCUGCAUUACAGAGUAGUUGGGACCUACUACUAGAGAAGUAGAGUAGUAAGCCCUGGAGUGUGGCUAUCUACUGCAACAUCCCAUGCUUAGACUGAAAACUGUUCUGGAUUGGGCCAAAAGGUCUACCUGCUACAUUAUCCUGUUUCUAUCCUGUAACCUUGCUUGUUAAACAAAUCAUCUUAAACUUAUUUGCGCUUUUCUAAACUGGUAUACAUUCUAGCUGAAUUUUAAACAGGGAGCAGGGAGUUGGAUCAUUACUUUGUGUUGUUGUUGUUGUUGUUGUUGUUCAAUUCUAGUUUCAUCUGUAACUAACACUAUUCUGGUUUAGUUGUGAUUCUGUAACUGGCAGGUCUGCAGGAACUAGCUGGUUCAGUCUGCAGGAAAAAAUAAAGGUUUAUACCACUUCUUAGUUCAGAUUCAGUUUGACAUAAUGCCCCAAGUUUGUUAAAUAAAUGUGUCUCCCCUCACUCUCCUUUUUAACUUUACCUCUCAUUUUUGACAAGUGUACUCUUUGAAAUUUAAUAUGACCAUAUUGGACUCUCUGGGCAACCUUCCAUUUCUAUAUAUGUUAUGAAAGAAUGGGAAAUGUUGGGCUAUUAGGUAUUUAAGUGGGAGAGAGUUAUUUGCAAAGUUGUCUGAAAACAAUAAAGAGGAGUGGUAUAAUUCAGGCUUCCAGAAUGAGCUUUAGAUCCAGGGCCCCCAGAGUCUUCUUCUGUUUCAGGAGUACUACAAUAAAACCUCUAUGUGAGUUUCAUUUAGUUCAGUGAUUAUUUUGUUCAGUCAGAAAACCUAGAAAGAGAAUGACAAGAAAGAGAAUUCAUCCCAUGUCUUAUCAAUCAGGCUUACUUGCUGUAGUCUAUAAGUAUGGGCUAAAAGAAUUUAAAACCAAUUAAGACAGCAAGUCUAUGUACGCUAUGGCCUUGACAGAAUGUGUUAGCUGAAUACUGCUUGGGGGGGGGGUUAAUUAAGAAAAGGGUUACUAACCAAAAUCUGUUGUUCUAAUACAUACAUAUUUUAGUGCUGGUUCUGAUAAUUCCUGGAAGGAUAAUUUCAGAAGGUCAUGAGGUGAGAUAAGCGUGUUGUUACCUAUUGACACCCAGAGAGUUUUAUCUUGUUUCUCUAUGAUGAUUAACAUAUACAUGAACUGCUGGAGGAAAUAAUCCAAGAAUUUGUAAUGUGGCAUCCCACGCUAUCCUUUCUAUUGUCAUUUCAGGGAAGAUGUAGAGGUGCUGAACUGCUGUUGGAGGCUGGUAAUAGAUGGGAUGGGAGCAAAUAAAUUAAAGCUUAAUGCAGACAAGACAAAGGUGGUUAAUUGAACUGCUGAUCUAGUGAUAUGAGUUUACUUCUUCUCAAUGCACAUGCUUGCUGUGUGGUAGUACCUCUGGAUCCAACUCUGAACCUAGAUGACCUUUGUUGAGCUUAGGUUAGUAUGCACACUAGAGGAAACAAAUCUGGCAUGGUGUCAGAUGAUUUCUUCACAUCACAAUUAGACUACCACAAAGUGUUGUACAUGGAACUGCCUUUGAAAGGUGUCUAAAAACCUCUUUAGGUAUGCAGUGCUGCACCCAGCCUACUGAUUGGAACUGGUUAUCAAGAACAUAUGACUUCCUUUUUACAACAGCUUUACUUGGUUUUAAUUCAUUUUUAAGCCCAAUCCACAAGGCUGAGUGCGACCUUUCAACCUUUUAACAGCUUUGGAACUGAGAUACCUGAAAGAUCAUCCUCCCCUAUACAAGACUGCUUGCCCAUUAAGACCUUCUGCAGAGGUUUUCUUUCACCUCGAACCAGCAUCUGAACUGCGUUUCGUUGGAAUGUUGAAGAAGGCCUUUCUGUGACUUGUCCUAAAUUCUGGCAUUUCCUACCAAGGAAUACCCAUAUCACCCACUCUUUGAUCAGCUUCCCCUUCUGUGCAAACUGGUUCCUUCCCCCCCCCCCUCUUUUUGGCAGGCAUUUGACUUGAUCUAAUCACUUCUGUUUUCCUUGCUCUUUUUUAAAUCAGAUAAUCUUGUUAUUGUAGUUGUUUUAUUAUAUUGUCAAUUACCUAGAGCAUUUUUUUAACAUAAAAGUGGUGUUAAGUUUUUUUAAUUAAUAAAUAUAAUCAGUAGGUGAGAUGUAAAAUGAGUUAGAAACUCAUUGAAAUCCUAAAAUAUUUGGUUUAUCAUACUUUCCUUUGUCUUAUUUUUAUAUGGAAUUUUUCAGUAAAGUGAAUACUUCUAAACAUAGCCUGGAAAAAAAUUAAUAAGACAAACAAAUACAGCCAAUUUAAUUAGAUUAUGUAGAGUGCACAAUCACAAAAUGUGAUGAAAAUCAUAGAUUUCCUAUUUUCCCUUUGAAAUGCCUUUGAGACCUGACUCUAUGGAACUUCCUACCAUAGUGUAUAAUGAAGUUCUCAGAUAGAUGUCACUGUUAAGGAAUGCUGCAUUAACUAUUUCCAGAGAAGUAGCAGUGCCCCCCCCCCAAAAAAAGAAAAACAGCAGUCUAGCAGCACCUUAAAGAGUAAGACAUUUAAUAUGGGAUAAGCUUCCACAAAAGUUUAUGCCAUAAUACAUUUGUUAGUCUUUAAGAUGUCGCAAGACUCUUUGUUGUUUUUGCAUCGUCUAUAAAACCUUUAACUUUUGCCACCAAACAACCCCUCCUUCUGUAAGAGAAACCCAGUCGUUUGGUUCCUAGAGACAAGUUUUCACACACACACACACACACACACACACACACACACUGGUAUGUUAAGGGAAUUAUUUACAUAAAGAAAUAAUGUGUUGCUUUUCAAAUGGCAGAAUAAGAUUGCUUAAGUGUACAGUUCUGAAUUAAUCAGGGUUCAAUACAUUUAGUUACAGUGCCUGGUAUUUAAAAGUCUUCUCAAGCCAAAUAAGCUCUCAGUAGCCUAUCCCUCUGGCCAGAUUUCUCUGACUUUCACUCCAGUCAAUUGCUUACAACUAGGAACAGAUGCUGUACAAUAGUUCUUCCUGCUGCUUUUGACUGCCUCUAGUUCUUCCUCCUGCUUUUGACUUCUAUGAUAGUCCAGAUGCUUCAUGGACUGCUUGCUGAAAUUCACCCUUUGGUCAGACCUCUGCUUGAAGCCAUCUGGUGCUGGACUCUGCUGCCUACCUGAAGCUUCACCACAACUUCACACCACAGGUUCUUACUCUCUCCAGCCACCAGCUCUGGUCUCAGAUUGCCAGCCUUAGAUUUUCACAAAUCCAAGUUCUAUACUCUCCCAGUCAACAACUGACUGACUCUGUAUUGCCUUUUGUUCUCCUGCUCCCCCUCCCAUCCCAUCAGAACCUCCUCUGAGCAAUCAUAUUCUUGCCCCGACAGGGCUCUCACCUAUUGGUCUUUUAGUGACCAUUUACUGCUUCUGUACAGACCUUUUUACACCAAUCAAAGUUACUGACCCCUUCAGCCAAUACAGUUGCUUUUUAUCAUCCACCUGGUCCAUAUAUGAACAAGUGGCUUCUCACGCUAGUUGUUUUCAGACUGUUACCUUGACAUAUCCUUUACCUUUGCAACUGUUACUAAGGUAUCCACAACUGUCUUAUGCCCAAAUUAAAGUAGCAGAGACAGGCUUCUGGGUUAAUUGGUUACAGUAUAACUCAGAGGUUUUUCACAUAUAUAACAUAACAUUACGCAACAUAAGCAUGUUCAAAUAUAUUUUUUAAGCUGUAGUUACUUUCUCUUACUAGUUCAGCAAAAUGAUGCUAUAAAAAUGGGUUCCAUAUUGAAUAUAAUAUUUCAAGUUUUACAUGACCCCUAACAAUUUUUAUGUCACAGUUUCUGGAGGGGUAGGUGGAUGAGCUUGUCCAUAAAUAAAGUGUCCUGAAAACAAGCCUUGAUAAGAACAACCAGUUGGUCACUGGUUCUUUAUGGCUGACCAGAUGCCCAGAAGACUCCACAAGCAUAACCUGAGCACAACAGGGCUCUCCCCAUAUGUUGUUCCCAGAAACUGGCAUUCAAAGGCAAUCUGCCUCCAGCAGUAUAACAUAGCCACUGUGUCUCUGAUAACCUGCACAAAUUUGUCUGAUCCUCUAUUAAAGCCAUCCAAGUUGGUGGCCUUGACUAUAUUUUGUGGGAGAUAAUUUUGCAGUUUAUCUAGGUGCUGUCCUCAUUCUUCCAACAUACAGCUUCAUUGGAUAUCCCCAGAUUCUAGUAUUGUGAGAGAGGGAGAAAAACAUUUCUCUAUAAUCUUCUCUCUUUUUUUGACUGAUAAAUCUGCUGAAUUCUUCCAAUGGGAAAUUAUUGAUUGCUCUUUCUGCUGCGAAAGAGUGCACAAGAAAAUCUUUUGUACAGUGUAAUCUGUAAAUCUGUCAGGAAAAUGCCCAUGGCCAUACCAGUUUGUUCAGAAAAAGGAACAUUGAUAUGGUGUUUAUUGUCCAAUGACAAAUACUGUUAGUUCAGACAAUGAAAAGUAGCAGAUCUUUUGGUCAUUGUUAUGCGAGGAGUGCUUCCUCUCGUGGAAGGAGUGAGAGUAAAACAGGGAGAAUAGCUGCUUUCUACUAUUGCUUAUAUUAAAUUUUAUUCGGUCACUCUCUCCCAUCCUCACCUAAAUUUAAAUUAAAUUCUGCAUGUAUUCAGUUUGCAAAGGAAAAUCCUGCCUUUUACUACAUAAAAAGUCAGGCCUUUUCAUGUAAUUUAAUUUUUGUCUUAGCCUUUCAUUAACAGGCAUUGUAGUAUGAAUGUAAAUUGUGUAGGUUCAUUACACUGAAUUUAACUGGAAGUAUUUUGAAACUCUUCAAGGUCAGUUUUAAUUCCUUGACUGUUAAUCCACAAAUUGUCAGACGGAAUGAAAUGGAUUUCAAGAGCUCUCUUUGUUCUCUAUAUCUUGUGCCUGUCCCACAGGUAAUCUGCACCUUUCUUCCUACCCUUUGCACAGAAUAAUUAUUGUGGGAAAGUUGAGGAAAUGUCCAGGUCACAAAGUGCAGACCAGACAGGGAUGACAGGUUCUGCCAAUUGAGGGCUAGUAUUGAGAACCUGCGAACUGUAGUCUCUCCUUUUUCACAUGGAUUUAUGUUGUAUGUUAACAGGAAUUUUGUGAUGAUGGGUUAGGCAGAAGCACUUAAGCUUUUACUGUCAGUAACUAACAGGAAGUCAGCAGUGCUCCCGAAUAGAGACGAAAGAGGUACAAUUAAAAAUAAUUUUCCUGUUAUUUUGGAAUGGCUUUUGCACAUAAAAAGACCUAUUUCUGCAAAUGGAUGCUGAAACUAGAGAUUUAAAUGCAAAAUAAGUCAGUUUUAGCUAACCUUAUUCUACCUUUUUCUAAUUGGUUUUGCUAAACAGAUGUCAGAAAAGGUUUGUUUAUUAAUGAAAUUUGCUAUCAGGCUAUAAAUUAAAAUAAUCCCGAGGAGGAAUACAGUACCUGUGAAACUCAAUAAAAUCAUACAUUCCAGCUAUCAAUAACAAAACAGGUGUGAUCACACAUACACCAUCAAAUAACCAUUUACAAAAUGCAGCGUCUGCCUGUCUUCAGUUGGUUCACUACUUCCAUCCUUCCUAAUAAAUACAUCUUUCAUUACGGCACUACAUCCAACACAACUAAAUGUACUCCACACUUUCCAACUAAUUCAUACUCAAAGUAGACCAACUGAAAUUAAUGGACACAUGACAGGUUAGUAAUUACAGUGGUACCUCGGGUUAAGUACUUAAUUCGUUCCGGAGGUCCAUUCUUAACCUGAAACUGUUCUUAACAUGAAGCACCACUUUAGCUAGUGGGGCCUCUUGCUGCCGCCGCGCUGCCAGAGCACGAUUUCUGUUCUCAUCCUGAAGCAAAGUUCUUAACCUGAGGAAAUAUGUCUGGGUUAGCGGAAUCUGUAACCUGAAGCGUAUGUAAUGUGAAGCGUAUGUAACCCAAGGUACCACUGUAGUUCAAUAUAGUUCCCUCUCAUAAAACAACUUCAUUUUAUAUGUACUAUGAUAGUCUAGAAUCAAAAUGUAAUGCCCUAUCCCACAUGCCUGAUGGGGAGUUGCUCCAACCACGUUGCUGUCUACAGCAUUUAAAAAUGUUCUCAUGAACCUUCCAGCACUGGCUUCUCUGGGGAGGGGAGUGCAGAACCAGAAGGAAAAUUAACCAGCAGGUUUUCCAAACAGUUACUUUUUAUGGCAGACAGAAUGGGAAAAGGAGGCAAUACCCUUAAGGCUCUUCAUUGGCACAUCCUCCAAGGAUAUUCAUUUCUUUAUGUAAAUACCUAUAUAUUAACAAAUUACCUUGGGCAUGGAGGUGGUGGUUUCACUCAUUCCAUGAGAGGAGGAAGAGGAGGAGGAGAUUGUGAGCCAAUGAUAAGUAGGCACUGAACAAAAUAGCAAUGGAUGCACUAAGGAAAAGAUAUUAUAUUGCCAGAUACAAGAAAUGGAGGAGGAGCAACCCCCUCACAUCUCCAUGCUUGGAAGCACAAACACAAUGAAGGUAUCAGGAUUGGGUCCACUACACAGGUAAUAAGUGCACAUUCAUUCAUGGAUCAUAGUGAAAGCCCCACUCCAGCAACUCUCAUAGAGCUCUGAAACAUGUGCAAUAAGUCCCUUGUUUUCCUUGGGCAAGCAGGCAAUAUUCUUCACAUGCUUUGAAAUUCUCCAUGUGCAGAUGGGAUCCUUUCCUUCAUAGUUUUGUGUAGGAAUUCCCUGCAGGUGCAGGGCUUUGAUACUUGGAUAUUCCAUGAAUGGGUUUUAAAAUUAAGUGCGUCAUCAAAGACAAAUGCUACACUGAAACAUGUAGACAGUUCAAACAGUUCCAAAAUAAAGUUGUUUGCGUUUUGUGAUUAUGAUUAUUUAUGGGGCCAUAUUUGUAUACCUGUCCUGAGGGGUUCACCAUCUAAAGGUUGACAGUAGUGAAAUAAAAAACAGAGAGGGCCGGAGAGGAAGAGGAGGAGAAGGGAUAAAUGUUUAAACACAUGCUUAGGUGUUGUUUCAGUUAGGAAUGUCAAGGUGCACAAGUUUCUUGAAGUUUGUGCUUUCUUUGGUCUAAUAAAUUGCAGCAUAUGAAGAGGCAAGUAAAGGGAAGAAUAUUGUUGGAAUAAACAUGCUGUAUUUUUCUUUUCAAUAAAAUAAAUGCACGCACAUACAAAUAUAGGUUUGAACCUUCAACGGCUUGUUCUCACACAUAUUUGGACCAAUUUUCUCUACUGUUCGUUCAGUAGGGAAAAAAGUGAAGCAGUGGGGAUAAUUGCAUAAUGACAGAUACAAGGGGAACAGAGAAUCCACUGAUCAUUUCCUGUGAGUUGGCCAACAUCCAGCCAGUCUCAAAGGACACCCUGAUGUAAAGGCAAAAGGAAAAGAGCUAGCUCUGAAGGAGUUUUGUUUUUUUCUUUUUAUCUCAGCUCAUUUUACUUUGUAAAGCAAAUCACUGAAACAAUUAGUUGACAGCAUGGUGUUAGUUUUCUCACGGUAAAUUAGGAAGAUUAAGCAAACAUGGAAGUGUAUUUUAGCUGUAAUCAGCAGGUUUGGAACUCUGGCCUGUAAUGCUUUCACAUUCUCAAAGGAUAUAUUUAUAAAGUUUUUCAUAUUGUCCCUUUUCAUUAUGUGCAAACAUGUCCAAAGCUUUUACACACACUGCUCGUUGAGGGUACGAAUGACUUGAUUUUACUUUUUUAAUUUUUGAAGUAUAAAAGUGGAGCCAUUACAUCAUUGCAGCUGACAUGCUUUUGGCAAAGUUAAGAGCCAUUGUUACAGGUUUCUUCCCUUUGAUUUUACUGCAGUAUACUGAAUAAUAAAAUGUAUUUUAUCUUAUCAUGUCACUUGUGCACCUUGAAAAAUGACAAAAAGAACCAAAAUAAUGUAAUUAUAGGCAAAAAUGGCCUCAGUUUAAUGUUUGCGUACAGACUCAUGUCCAGCUACCAACUUGCCAACAGCCUGAAAGUGUUUAUUUCGAUUGGUUGAAAGCAAGAGUUGGGAAAUGUAAUUGUCUGAUCUGUCCAAUGAAAUGUUAUUCAAUGAGUUGUGUGAAUCAUGUGAGCAUGUGAAAAAGUGGUUUAUUAAUGUGGUAGGGCUUUGUGUUUAGUCUGUAAUGGAGGAAAGAUAUUUUGCAUAUUACCAGAGGCAACUGUUCUUUUCAUUAUUACAUGCUAAGGUCCUGGUCUGAGUCCAUAGAUAGGUAGAUAGAUAGACAGAUGAUAGAUAGAUAGAUGAUAGAUAGAUGAUAGAUAGAUAGAUAGAUAGAUAGAUAGAUAGAUGAUAGAUAGACGUGUGUAAAACAUAUUUUACCAUUUCAACUAAAACGUGUUCAAGGCAACAUCCAUAAAUAGAUACAAUUGAUGGAUUUAAAAUACAACUUCUGUUGUCUUAGUUUCUUGUUCUAGUUAAAAAGCUAAAUCAUUUGUGGUAUAUAUUGUUUUUGUUGUUGUUGUUGUUACUAUUCAUUUCAUUUUGAUACCACUUUAUAUUUUUAAGGGGAAAAAAUCUCAAAGUAAUUUACAACUUACAAUUAAAACAUCAAAUAAAACAAUUCAGAAUAAAACACCACAGAAGGAAGUAAGAUAUAAAGCAUACAUUCAAAGCAACAUAGUAUUUUAGCUUCCUGUUAAUUACCUGAAAAAUUUCAAAAUACAACAUUACAAAGGAGGUCAACAACAGAAUGCACAUUUAAAGCAAGUUAACAAAAAAAUCUUCAACAUUUCAAAAGAGAACAUUACUAAGGGAACUCAAUAUAAACUGUACAUUUAAAACAGCAUAGUUAAUAAGAAAUUAAAAACUACUGUAAGCAUUGUUCAACUAUUCUACUUAAAAUCAGUUCAUAGAUAAAGAAUCUUAAAAAAAAAUCGCAUAGAUUGGAAGACAUGUAAGUUGCACAUACAAAUCAGAGACAAUUGUAUUUCUUGUGGAAAUUUCAUAGAGAUUUAAAUGUUUGUAUUUAGAACUAAAUGCUUUUUUUUUUUUACAUUAUUACAAUGUUGUGACCUGUUACAAUUAUAAAUAAAGCACAUGUAUUAUUUGCAUAUAUCUAUGCAGGAUACAUAUCUUAAAACCUCAUUAGUUAUCCAUUGCAGUUCUUCCUUGUUUAUUUUCUGUGAGCCUUUGAAGUUGUCAGUAUAUCAGAAUUUUCAGAAGUGUAGCAAUGAAGAGAAGAGAUUGACAGGCUGUCAGUCAUUCCACUGAAGUUCAUUUGACUCAAAUCCCAAUUGUCCCAAUUCAGCAAAUUAAAGCUUUCAGAAGUUAAGUCUUGUAAACCUGUUGACACUUAAUUAUACCUAACCUACACUGAACAAUGCUUUGAAUGCUUCCUCCUUAGAUCAAAAAUCCCCAAAAGGCAAAAACAAACACAGGAUGUUUAGAGAAUAGACACAAUAGAUUCAUUAAGAAUUAGAGGGUAAUUGGAUUCUAUCAGCUGAAUUUGCUGUUUAAUUUUUUCCCAUCUCUCCCAGCAGUUAAAGAAUUUUUCUCUUUCGAAAACCUGGGAUUUACCUCUAGAUUUUAUAUCUUUGCAGUACCAUUUAAAAUAGAACCAGUCAGCCUUUUAUCUUUUGUUUACCUUUCUCCCCCUUCAUCCACUGAGCUGGUCAUGGUGCCUCUUUUCAUUUUCUCCACUUCUCUUUCAUUCCUUUCUUGGUGUUACCUCUCUCCAUCUUUUCUGACUGUUUUUGUUCUGAAUUGAUUUUCCUACAGUUCCUUUUUCACCAUCGAUAUUCUUCCCGCUCUCCUAUCCAGAAUGUUCCACUUAUAAUCUGUCCCACUUGUCUUUUUCCUACUCAGUGCCUGAAAAAGUAUCAAAUAUAUAUUUUUUUAAUUUUAAAAAGUCUCACUUUCCAAAAGUGGCAAAUGUUGGGAGAUGUUACUGCCUAGUUGUGUGGAUUAUUGCCACACUUUAGAAAAUGCAUUUUACCUUUAUGUGAUUGUUCAGAGGCUAUAGUGUUGCAAGAGGACCUAGAAGAUCAGUCCCAGCAAAAAAAAAUUCAUAGGCUGUCAUAAGCAAGCAAAUAGUAAUUCAUUCCAGUGAUUGAAAAGGGAUUCAUUAUGACUACCUUGUUUCAGAUUGUAAGCCUAUAUAAUUUAAGGAUUCUGAUUGUACUUCAGAGUUUGAAUAAUAGUAAUAGUAAUAGUUAAUAAUUGGAUUCUGAAUGCCUUGGUACUUGGACGUUUUGGCUCCCAAACACCACAAACCCAGAAGACAGUGUUCCAGUUUGCAAACAUUCUUUGGAACCCGAACAUCCGACAGGGCUUCCGCAGCUUCCGAUUGGCUGCAGGAGCUUCCUGCAGCCAAUCAGAAGUUGUGCUUUGGUUUUUGAACAUUUUGGAAGUAACAGACUUCCAGAACACAUUCCGUUCGACUUCCAAGGUAAAAUUGUAAUAAUAAUAAUCCUAUUAUGCCUAGGUAGUCAUAUAUUUUUUAAUCCUCUUAGCUAGCUGUGAUGGUUGGUUAGUGGAGUAGAGAAGAGAAGGGCAACUAACAGAACAUGUCACACUCAGAUCCUGACUCCCCCUGGAGCCCCCAUCACACCCAAAAAUCUGCUCCCUCCAAUUUUGGGUCUUGGAAGAGCUGUGGGUUCUAAGUGAAGGGAAGCAACUUUGGCUCUAACCCAAUAUUUUCCUUAUGUUCCAGACUCUCUUAACCCCUUUGUAGGUAUACUAUUAUUCCUUUUCACUAGGCAGCUAAAAACUGUGAAACAGAUGGGAGCAGUUCUGCUCUUGUUAACUCUUGCCUUUCCUUCAGCUUUCCCAGAGUUUAUAUAAAUCAUAUUGCAUUAUUGUCCUUUCUGUUUCCCUGCCGUUAUUUUGCUUUGAUGCCAUGAAGAACUAUUCUGCUUGCAAACAUGUAUGUAAAAAUAACGAGUAACCAAACUCCAUACAUGUAUGUGUGUAUAUGCAUGCACAUACAUAUGUAGGUGUGCACACAGGUAAAGUUAUUAAACAUAUGUUAAUUGAUUCUCCUCGGACUGGUGCACAUUAAUUUUAUUGCUGCUGCAACUGCCUGCAUCAAAUAAAAUCUUGGUUCAGCACAGUGGUGAUGGCAUGUAUCUCUAUAAUUUGCCAUUGGCAAUCGAUUUUCUGUGCUUCCCUUUAUGCAUUGCUCCUGAUUUUCAUAUUUAGAAUAAAUUUGGUAAGACAGUUUUAAUGUUAAUAAGGAUAAAUUCAGAGAGUUGUAAAAACAACUUAUAUAUGAAAAAUGUUUGCCAUUCAAUUAAUCUUUUUUCAACCAUUAUUUUACUGCAGUGUAAACCUAACUGUGCUGCUGGCAGUAUGCAUUUUAAACUUCCAGCAAACUUGCAUUGAACAGUAAUAUUUAAUGCUUCCAGCUUCUCUGCAUCCUCCCCCCAACACACACACACAUUGGUGCCAGUGCUGUGUUCCACUGUUCUGUGCUAUAUUCUCAAAAGGCAAUCUGUGUUCAAAAGACUCAGACUCAUAGCCAUCAUGUGAGGCCACAUAGACUCCCCCCCUUUUUUUUUCUUAUCUGAGGUUGUUGACCUCAGGAGAGGAGAAGAAGGUUAUGAGGUCAAAGUCUUUUCCUCCUUGGAGCUCACUGCUUGCUGGGAGAGGGUUGGCUGGAAAAUAGAUGUUUUAGAACAGGGGUUAAGGGUCAUGAUUUUAAUUCUGUUAGGGAACAGCUGUUUUGAAUUUCUUUCCACUUCUAUCUCCCCUCCCUCCCUCCCAAGUCCAGAGAGAGAGAGAGAAAUUUGUUCAGAGGGAACCAGCAACACAAAAAUACGUGGCUCCAAUGUAUUAGUUCUUUUUAAAAAUGGACCAACUUUGCUAUUGGCCUUCACUUCUUUAAGAGAGGUCACAGACAAUUGUUUAAAUAUCUGAGAAACAGAGCUUAGAUUCAAAUGAAAAGUGCUAUUUUGGAAGGUGUUUUAUUUACUCAUCAAGUUCCAAAUGUUACAUAGCAACUGAUGUUUUCCUGCCCAAUAUUGAAGCAAAUGGAAUGCACUCAUGUGGCAAUUUUCAGGCAGAUAAACCUACAUAUAAAGGUAUGGGGCUUAAUUUGUGUGCAGAGGUUUCAAGGAAGGAAAGAGUUACUUUGUAGAUUUUAAAAGUGUUCCUGCAGCACUCUGGAUUUGCUAAUUCCAUGUUUUAAGAAGAGAUUGGGUAGCCAGGAGAAAGAAGCUCACAAUUCUCAAGUGAAUGGAAAACAAGUAACAGAUUUUUUUUGGUCUGCAGUAUUCUGAAACAUUGGCCUCAGGCUGUGUUGGUGUGUGGCUCAACAGCAAUCAGAGGUCAUAAUUUCAUUGGUGGUUAGCAUCAGGUUUAAUUUUUCUAAUAUGUUACAUUUACCAAAAUGUCUGGUUUUAGUUAUGCACAUACAUUGCCUGAAACAGCUUUGAGUAGAUUGAAGUCUGAAGGUACCUGAAAGGCUCUAAGAACAUGUACAGAACUAAACAUGGUAAUUGUUUCAACUACCCUCCUUUUUAAAUAUGCAAAUAUUUUCCACCAAUUCCACUGAAGAAUAACAUCUAAAAAUAGAGCAUGCUUGUUACAUUACAGCAACAUAAAAAGUAAAUUAAUUUGUUGGUUUUGCAGGUUUGCUUGUUUUUUUAAAAAAAUCCUCUGGCACAAAUUUUUUUUGUAUUGUAAUUGUCAAAUAAAAGUAAACAUAGUGGCAACCUUCUUUCAUUGUAGGAAUGUGACCAAGUUCAUAUUGAUGAUGUUUCAUCAGAUGACAAUGGCCAGGACUUAAGGUAAAUCCAUACUGAUUUAUAUAAGAAGGCGACUGAAAAGGAAAUACUGAAAUAAAUAAUAAUAAUUUUAGUACAGUUGUUCCUUUGGAUUUUUUUGCAACUCAGCUAAAUUGCCCAUGUAAUGUUCAGUUGUUCUUGGUCUGGAAUAGUCUGAUUAUUGUUUUGUUUUUUUUUAAUUUCUUGCAACUAAAUCAGCACCUAUAACUUCGGAACAGAUGGCUUCCCUGCAGCAGCUACCAGCGCUAAUUUAUGCUUAGCAACGGGUGUGCGUGGAGGAGUGGACUGGAUGAGAAAACUGGCCUUUCGAUACAGACGAGUAAAAGAAAUCUACAACACCUACAAAAAUAAUGUUGGAGGCAAGUGCCCGUCAUACUGCAUGCUGCUUAAUAGUCUCCUUGCUUUCUGAGCCGUUUUCAACAUGGCUGUGUUUACUCAGCUACUUAGAGCUGCACACUUUAUAGAUCUGUAAGAUGUGGUAAGUGAUCUUAGCUGAAAUGCAAACACUACAGUGCUUGCUCCUUUCCUCCCUGCAGGUCUUCUGGGUCCAGCAAAGAGAGAAGCAUGGUUGCAGCUUAGAGCAGAAAUUGAAGCUCUUACAGAUUCUUGGUUAACACUUGCACUAAAAGCACUCACACUAAUUCACUCUAGGUAAGUGGGUUCAAGCUGGGGCAGCAACACAUAGUAACAUGAAAUAUAAAUUAGGGCAUUUCCGCUAAUGACACUAUGUAUCUUUACCACUAAUAUACAUUCCCCCCCCCCCAAUAAAGCUUGUGCUUGUAAUUAGCAGGAAGCUGAUCUUUUAAUCCCAAUUGUAGCUCCCUGGAAUAUGAAAAUUAAAUUGGAAUGAUCUGGUGGGUUUCUAUAUUUGUAUAGUGAUGUUGCCCUAAAAGUGCAUAUUAAGAGUAUCACUUUUGCCUUUCAACAACAUAGUAUUUGUUCUGCAAUAGGGAUGUGCAGCAGAGGGAUGGGGAACCUUUGGCUUUCUGGAAGUGUUUGGACUACAACUCCCAUCACUCUUGACUAUUGGCCAGGGGUAGGCAACCUAAGACCCGUGGGCUGGAUGCGGCCCAAUGCGGACGGUCCAGGAAUCGGCGUAUUUUUACAUGAGUAGAAUGUGCCCUUUUAUUUAAGAUUCAUCUCUGGGUUAUUUGUGGGGCCUGUCUGGUGUUUUUACAUGAGUAGAAUGUGUGCUUUUAUAUAAAAUGCAUCUCUGGGUUAUUUGUGGGGGAUAGGAAUUUGAUCAUAUAUUUUUUUCAAAAUAUAGUCCGGCCCACCACAUGGUCUGAGGGAUGGUGGACUGGCCCACGGCUGGAAAAGGUUGCUGACCCCUGCUAUUGGCCGUGUAGGUUGAAGCUGAUGGAAGACAUAGUUCAGCAACAUUUAGGCCAAAGAUUCCCCACUCGUGGCAUAGCAGGAGUGUCUGCAGCAAGGGAGAGAGCAGGCAGGUAGAUAGGGGUGAAAGGGGCAGUUUGUUAUUUGGCUGCUAAAUUGGGAACAAUUACUGCUUGCCCCAGGCUAGAAGACAACAAAAUUGCAGCUCUGACUCUAUAUAAGUGUGAUUUCACAAACCAUUCCUUGGCAUAUCUUUGCCAGUGGAAAUGUCCUGCAGGUGGAGGUGGUACAUACGGUGGAGGAGGAUCUGGAUUUCUGCUGGCAUAGAACAGCUUCCACUGAAUCCUUUAGCCAGCAGAUUUUCAGUGUAGGAUUGUGCCCUUAGUCUUGUUAAUAUAGCAGCACCUGUCUAUGCUGCUAUGCCAGUGCAGCGUCCCAGCGCUGACAUGCUUCAUCAGAAGAGCAACAGCUUCAACAACAACAGGUGUACUAUAGAAAUGCUGUUCCUCUGCCUGUGGACGUUUUCUAACUAUGGUUCAGUCUGUCUCUCCUACCUUUCCCUUUCCCGGUUUUAAACGAGGAUAGUAAUAUGCUUGUAAAAUGGCAGUCUUUGUUUGGUUUAUGAAAGAUACUUUCCCUUUCUUCUAGGACAAAUUGUGUGAAUAUUCUAGUGACGACUACUCAGCUUAUUCCAGCUCUUGCAAAAGUCUUGCUAUAUGGCUUAGGUGUAGUAUUUCCAAUAGAAAAUAUUUACAGUGCAACUAAAAUAGGUGAGUUAUUUUUACAACAAACAAAGCCUAUUUGCUUGAAGCUAUAAUUUCAAAUGAGAUGGCACAAUGAUUGAGAUAGAAGUGUCUCUUUACUAAUACAGAAACACAUGCUUUGUUUACACAUGCAACAGACUUGUGCAUCUUUCAGAAUUUCCUGGGGCUGUAAUUAUUAAACUAAGUCUUAAUAACAAGAAACAUUGAUUAAGUUAAUUUUGAAAAUCUCAUUUAGUCUGUCCUAUUAUUGCAUCUGCCACUCAUUUUGUGAUGUGUGCUUCUAAUCUAUCUCUGCUCAUAGUUCAAUGCUUAAGCAGAUCCUUAUAAACAAUUCCACAUUCUACUUGUUUAUUUAACUGUACAUUACACCACUAAAAUACUAAGUCAAAAGGAGACUCCGGAAAUGCUUCCCAUGAGCUAUUUUUAUAUAUAGGCCAGGAUCCAAAGAGCUACCUUAGGUGUGCCCAAGAACUUGUUUACACCCACUGAGAUUGUUGAUUUCCCCCUCCCGCUUUGAAAGCUGAUUUGCCAUACCAGAAACUGCCCUGUGAAUCCUCUUUUAAAAAUGGAGCUUUCCCCUGUGGCUUUGGGAGCUGCUAUUAAAGGAACAUAAUUCUGAAAUAUCAUGUAGUUCUUUUGAUACUAACCAUUGUGUAUAGACAGAGAUAUCAUCAUUCUGGGCGAUGUCCUUAAAAUAUUAUUCAUUUUUAUAGUGUGUUUUUUGUGUACAAAGUUCUUCACCGUUCUGAUUUUAGGAAUGCAGGAAGCCACCUUAUGCUGAGUCUAUUGGUCUAUCUAAGAGCUUAAUAUUGUCUACACUGACUGGCAGGCACUGGCAGGGGUUUCAGACAGGGGACAUUACCUGAGCCUUACCUGGAGGUGCCAGAGAUUGAACCUGGAACCUUCUGCAUGCAAAACAGAUGCUCUGCCACUGAACUAUCUCUACAACAAUCCUGUGAAGAAAGUUAUGUUGACAGAGAUGCACUUAUAUCCAGUCACUGCUCAGUCUCUACCUAGAAACAUAAGCUUGGAUCCAGAGUUCCUAUGAAUGAGUUCUGCUCACAGGAUGCUGCUGCUGAAGGAAGGGGGUGAGGUGAUUUAUCACCAAGUUCUCCUUCCCCUGUAGUGUCACGUGUCUCCUGAAAAACUGUUUCGUAAGGUUGGGAGUUCCUCUAGAUCAGCAUGAGAGGUGGCACAGAGGGUCCAGUGGGAAUUGGCAAAAACUGCCUUCACAUCCCUUCCUUCAGAGAUAGCCUUCACUAGAUCUCAGUACUUUCUGUGAAUAGAAGGAGCCGUUCUGUUUGAUGAAGGAGCACUCUGGUUCCAACUAAAUAUCUUCAAAGCUAUGUGUGCAAUUACCCUUCCUUAUUCCAUUCAUAGAGUCAUAGAACUGAAGAGUUGGAAGGGACCAUGAGAGUCAUCUAGUUCAACACCCUGCAAUGUAAGGAUCUUUUUGCCCAAAGUGGGGCUCGAACCCAUGACCCUCAGAAUAAGAUUCUCAUGCUCUCCUGACUGUUUCAUUUCACUUCAUUUUGCCCCUGUUGCACCUAUACUAGCCAUUUCAUAUUCACAUACAUACACAAGUUCUCUUCUCAAAACCAUGAGCUCUGGGUUUUUUUUAUUCAAUAAUGCCGAAUAUUUACAUGGGUGCACACCAGUAACUUUGAUAGUGUAUGCAGAAAUAGCAGCCUUGCCAUGCCACUGAGUCCCUUCCCUGGAAGAAAUUGGCAACGUGAGAAAUAGGGACCUUAGUGAAUAUCCAUGGUGAAUUGGUGGAUUUGACCAGCAUUGGCUUAAAAUACCAGAAAAGUAAGAAGCCAGGGAAGGGAAAUAAGUCGAAGUGUAGGCUACAUCAGAGCCUUGUGGUAUUUUCAGUGACCAUUCAUGCAAAAAAAUAAAUAAGCUAAUGCCAGGAUAGGGUUAUUGGUAUAAUAUAAAAUGUUUUUAGCUACACUAGUUGGUUUCUUAAAGUAAAAUGCAACAUGGUUUUGGUUACACCACCUCUGGUGGUUUAUGCUUUUUUGUUUUUAGGAAAAGAAAGCUGUUUUGAGCGCAUAAUUCAAAGAUUUGGAAGAAAAGUAGUAUAUGUUGUUAUAGGAGAUGGUGUGGAAGAAGAACAAGGAUCAAAGAAGGUAAUAAGUCAAGGUUUAUAUUUCUACAGCAAUGUUCCUUUGAAUUGCAGGUUCUAAGCAUCUCAUUAAUACACGAUCUUUGCUGCUGGAGGUAAUCAUGUAGAGACUGGGCAGCCAUCUGUUGGGGUUGCUGUAACUCUGGAUUUCAUGCCUUGAGCCCAGAGCUGGACUAAGGAUUAUUGUAUUAGUUUUCCUGUGUUAUACGGAACUGUGGUUUUUAGGUUGAUAUACCGCCAUGUCACCCCAAAUUUUAUUCAUACCAGUGGGCAUGAUGUGACACAACAGCUGAUGUUAUAGACAUUUUGCCACCCUUUUUUAGCAUGUGAGCUUCAGUUCACCCAUGAAAACUGGGUAAGAACUGUAUUCUGGAAUAUCGCCCUAAAUUUCAUCACAUGAGCAGUGGUAGUGUGAUCCAUGAAAAUCAUGGGGAAAUUACUGUACAAAACUCUCAUGAUUUUCUGGGUUAGCAGAAUUGCAAUCUGUUUUUUUCAUGGAAGCAAUUCACAUGGAAAUGAGUCCUUAGAUUCCUCUGGAUUUCCAGUAGUGCCUUUUACAUUGUGUGAAAGAUCAAAUAAAUCCUGAAAAUUAACAGAUAAGAAAAUGUCAGGGAAAGGAGGGGGGUGUUAUCUGAACACCAUGUGCAUUUGGGCCAUAUAAAUGACUUACAUUUAUUAAGCCUUCUUGCCUAAAUGAAUUACAUUUUUAAACUAAUAUCCAAAAGUAAGAGAAAUAUCUACAUUUUGAUUCAUUUUUAUAUUCUGUAUCAGGGGUGGGGAAGCUUUGGUUUUCCAAAUGUUGGUAGACUCUGACUCACACCAGUAUAAGCCAGCACGGCAAAUUGUUAGGGACAAUGGGAGUUGCAGUUCAGUAGCAUCCAGAGGGCCAAAGGUCCCCCACCCUUAUUUUUUAUGAAUAGCACUGAAUUCCAUGUGCUGGUGAUUAAAAAGUCCUUUGCCAAAAGAACUGUGCACUUAUAUCAGUGCCUAAUCUAAAUAAGCAGUUUCUGGAAGUUUCCUUCACAAAACUUUUACAUUUGUGGAAUGGAUAGAUAGUACAAAACAUCCUCCGGAGGCAUUCCUUUCAUGUGUUCUUUGUUGCCGGAAGGAAUUUCCAGUUUAGGACAGAAGGAAGCAUCUAGAUUUUCUCCUGGCAAAGCAACAGUGAAUUCAAUGGGAUUAUAUUAACAAGGAAUUUUGUAACUAUAUGUAUUUGUGCCUAAGAAAAACAUCUUCCUGUGUCUACAACCAUUCAGAUUCUUAUCUCACCUCAAAAAUACUACUUUUCAAGCUCCCUGUGGCUAUAUUUAUAUGCCUUUAACUUAAAGGUCUCAAUUGUGGCUUUGCCCCAAGCCCAGAAUAAUAAAGGACACCCUGUGGUUCUGUUGCUCCCAUAUCUGCCAGCAGGGAGAUUUUCCUCCAAUUUUUCCUGUUCUUUUGGGGAGAGAACAAACUGUGCUGGCUCUCUGCCCACCACAGCAAAUGCACUUUCUCUGUUUUGUUGACCUAAGCUGGCACAGAGUUGCAGGGAGAGGCGAGCUGGAGCCAGUGCUGCACCCUUUUUAACACAUCUAUGGCACACCACUGCAGUUAUAUAACCAAAGAACUUCAUGCUUCCUUUCUAACAUAGACCGAGCUUUCAGUCUGAAUAGUUAAAUAGCCGAAACUAAAAUAAAAAAGAGAAAUUGACUUUUGAAGUGAGCUGCUUUUCCAUACAAUGCAAACUAAUUUCACACAGUCCCAGUUGUUCCUUGGUUCAAGUGGUCAAGCCAGUUUCCCAUCCCAACCACCAGCUGUCAGUCAAGUAAGCGAAGCAGCUAUCUCCCAAAAGCCAGCUCCUCCUCCACUCGCUAUGUCUAGUUCCUUCGCUGGCUAUGUCUCAUCCAUUGCCUAAUGCCAGCUCAGAUUUGAUGCUGAAAACACUCAGUGCACCUUUAGAUAUUCCUUCGUGAGGGAGUAAGUGAACUGGAAAAAUGGUGAUGGUAUGACACACAGUUAUUCUCAAGCAUUCAAAAUUGUCAGUAUAUAAGACUGACAAAUGCCAUUGUACAUUUUUUUUAAAAAAUUAUUUAGAGAGUUUAAUGUGUAACACCAGAAACCACAUUUUCCCUGUGUGAGUUGCUGCCUAGCCAACCAAUCAAAUAUUCUAUUCCAGAUUUGUUUCUGAUGACAGUGGCUUGUCUGUGCAGUUUAUUAAGAUGGUGUCAGAAAACAGUUAACCAUCUAAAAACUUACAGAUGUUACAGACUACAGGGGAACAACUAGCACUAGGGAUAAUAGCAGCACUGAUGGACUGGAAACUGAUGUGGUUCUACAGAAACAAGCUAAAGGGCAGAAAACUACCAGAAGGAAGCUGCUAGGGGGAAUGACAUGUGGUUUCAGUUGUCUCUGUACUAAUGCACAGAGCAUGGGAAACAAGCAAUACAAAUUUGAGGUAAUACGGGAUGGUAAAUAAUAGGCAUUACUGAUAUGUGUUACUGAAACAGGGUGAGAUAAGGCUCAUGACUGGAAUGUAGAAAUUGAGAGGUAUAACCUGUUCAUAGGAAUAGAACAAAUGGGAAGGGUGGAGGAGGAGCAUUAUAUGUAAAGGAUGUGUACAUCUAUCAGGGGAAUGCUGUGGGCGUAGUCUGUCUUGAUUUCAGUAAGGCUUUUGACAAAGUAUUUUUGCAAGGAAGCUGGUAAAAUAUGGGCUGGACCAGGCAACUUUUAGGUGGACAAAACUAUAAAAUCAGUUGCUUGAGGAACUGAUGUUUUUUUCAUAUAUUACCAUGUAUAACAAAAAUUAUUAUACAUGUUGUAGUGUGUUGAAAAAACUAGAUGUACAUAACAGAGAGCCCGGUUUUUUUUGCAAUCUUAAACCAAACCUGUCAGAAAAAGAGAAUGUGCAUCCUUUCAAAUGCACCAUUUUUAAGGCAUCCCUUUUGAUUGAUUAAAAGAAAUAUGUUUCACUCAGGAUGCAACACACUCUUAUAUUUCACUUGAAGUGAAUAAGUCAUGGCAUUGUCACCUUUCCAUAAGCUGUUAUUUCCUGCAGACUCAUUUUAUAAGACAAUUAAAAUAUUCAGACUAAGCAGUAAUAUAAAAUGGGGGAAGCAUAUCUGGACUAGUUCAUAGAACAGCUGAUGCAGGUGGGAUUAUGAGGAGUUCGGGAUAUGAUGCAUAGAGUUCACUGUCUUUGUAUUUGCCUCCUAGGAGAGAGGUUGUUGUGCUAGGAAAUCCCUAUACAUAAAUGCUAUUAAAAUUACGUAUAGAACCUAGCAGUAGAUGUUUACUGGAAUAUUUGGUUAUAAACCUAACCAUUCCCAAAUUACAGUCUUCAGCUUCUUCAUUUGCAAACAGAUUCAAAUACAUUUGGGCUCAGAUUCUUUUAAUGAGUUUGCAGUAAUAUAAAAUUAGUAAUUGCCACAGGGGGUAUAUGGAACAACUUGGAGCAUGUUUACUUUUCAAAUAGCAAAGUGUGCAAAAAGUAUUGAGCUUUGUUCUAUGUAGAACAGUAAGAAAAGAGGAUCACUGUGUAAACUGCUAACAAUCAGUGAAUCAGUAAGUUUAUGCCACGUUCUGUGGCUGUUGUUACAUUGUUGUCUGUUGGUUAGCUCCGAGUUUUUGCUUAGGACUUGAAACAGAGAUGUGUUGGGGCACAACUGAGACCACUUUUGUGCUUUUUCCACACUAGAAUAUGUUGAUUUUACAUUUGUUUUCUGAAAGCAACACUGUAAUGAAUUCAGCUAAUGUUCCUACACAAGGUACCGACAUGCGCUGGUUUGAAAUCAGCACAGACUGUGCUUUCUACAUUAACAAAGUGGCAGAUGAGAGACAGGGGUAAAGCACCCAAACUCAAAUGCACCCCACUGCUGCUUCUCUGCUGAAAAACCACCCCUUCUUGAUAUCACAGUUUUGUUACAUGUGUUACUGUGCAAUGUGUAGCUAGACCAUAAGGCAGCUUCUAAAUCAGCUAGACAAAAAUCAUAGCUGUGGAUUGACAUGAUAGCUAAAUGGAUGCUGUCCAAGCAUGCUGUGUCUCUCAAUGCCAGGUAGGUGGGACAGAAGAUACUGCAACAGCUGUUACCUUCAUGCCCUGAUUUCAAACUUCCCAGAGGCAUCUGGGUAGCUGCAGUUGUUGACUAGAUGUACCCAGCAAAGCCUUGUUUUGUCCUUAGACUCUUAAACAGGAGCCAGCCUUGGAGUACUGACAAAUAUGGCUGGAGAAUGAAGUGGAUUAACUUGGGCAAUUUCCCCCCUUCUGCUGUCACUCAGGGCUUAUGCUGGGCUGCUUCAUCUUUCCCUUUCUGACCACAACCUAGGUUCCUAAGUGGAGUAGCUUGAGCCCAAGCCCUGGGUGAGCCAAAGGACAGCAAAAAGGCGUUGGGAGGAGGAAAACACAGCCCUAACCAGUCCAUUCCUUUCUUUGCCAGAAAUCUCCGUAUUUCUCUUAGACAGACUCCGACUUCCUACUAUUAAUACAAGAGCUGCAGGAAUGGCUAGUAGAUAAAAUCAGGGUUUGCCCCAUUUAUGCCAUAUAGAUUGCCUCUUUCUCUGGUCUUGCUCACAAGCCAAACCAUGCCUUAGCAUGAACAUGCAAUAAGAUUAAGCCUGCUUCACCCCUCCCCAAUUGCUUUGCUGCUAAACCCUGCUGAGCCAUGCCAUAACCUUGCUUAGUGUGUCAUCCAAACACAGGCUUGUGAUUUAGCUCUAACUACAUGCUGUAAUGAAGAUUCAUUCUUGGUUUACAGAUUGUGGCUAGUCUGGAGAAAGCUAACCCAUAAACUUAGGUGUGGAUGACACACUAAGCCAAGCCAGGGUUUUGCUUGGUGCAACACAGCAGCAAAAUGACCAUGGAGAAGCAAAGUUGCCACAGCUUUCUCUCCAGGAGCACACACGUUUGCACUUAAGUCAUGGUUUGCCACAAUGUGGCAUGCAAGCCAGGCUCUCAUAUUAUAGCAGCUUAAGAUUUAAAAAAAGGAUUCAGCUAUUUGUUGCAUACUCUAAAAUGAACUGUGCACAUCUAAAAUAAUAGAAUCCAAAACAUACUUCACUUCCUUUACAUUUCAAAUGUCAAAUAUUUUCCCAUGGGAUAGCUUGAAUGUUUUCUCUCUGAAAGGUUAUGGCUAUCUUUUCUUAUUAUUUGUAUAAAAUAUUUCACUGACAUCAAAAGUCCUGCUUUUAUAGCUUUAGGGUAGUAUGGUUUCACAAUUACAUUUUCACCCCUCGUGAAUGAUAUUGUGUAUUUCCCUUCCCCCACCCCAGUUGUUCAUAUCUUUGGUUUAUUCAGGUGUCUUGCAAACACACUUGUAAGUCCAGAUUCAAAUUUUCCUUUUAUUUAGCUAGUAGAAUGAAAUGUAAACAUUCAUCUUUAAGAUAUUUCAUUUGGGAAAUUUGUUACAAUGUCAACAUGAACAAUGCUAGUAUAAUAUGAAUCACUGGGAGAAGGUUAGCCAGAAAAUGAUUUGGGCAACACAGUGAUACAUUUUGAUUCUUUGCUUUAAUAACCUGUUUAAUUCACCUGCCAGAAAGUUUUAAGCAAGCAUGUUUUGGCAGCAAACAAUACACUAUUAAAUGUGUUGUCACCAAAUGCUGCAUCAUUUUGGGAUAUGUGUCUUGUGGACAAAGAAAAGAUUUUCUCUAUCCGUAGGUUUCCAGUUUAAGAAACUAGCUUUCUUUCUUUCCUUCUAAGAAAAAGCAGUUCAGAUUUGCUUCUUUAAAGAGGCUGUUCAGCUAUGUAUUUUAGUACAGAUUUUAAAGGAUUGCUGUGCUAAAGAAAUAUUAAUUAUGAAACAGGAAGAAUUACAUACUUAGGAAACCUCUGAAGUCAUAACCACACUUAACAGGGAGUAAGCACUAUUGAAUUUCAUAGGACUUACUUCUAAGUAGACAUGGUUAAGAAUGCAGCCUUUAACCUGGGUUUCAAUGACAGCUUAUGGAUUUCCAUAUGAACAGUGGGGUCUUUCCAGUCCACCUUUCUACUGCAUACCUAUCUUAACCUCUGAAAAUCUGCUCUUUGUGGUUAGGAGAACCCUCUGAAAUGUAAUUCCAGCAUGAUGCAAAGGAGUGCAAUUUGAAAUGAAAACUGGCAUUGUGCCACUAACGCACCACACCCUUGAGUCACAGGACUUCAUGCUUUUGCAGUGCUGUUUGGAUUCCUGCUAUUACUUUUUUAUGUCGCUUUAUACCAAGAUAGCCAACAUAGGGGCCAUCAGAAGUUGCUGGGGUCCAAAUCCCAACAUCUCCAGCCAGCAAAGCCAGUGGUCAGGGAUGAUGGGAGUUGGAGCCUGAAAACAUCUGGACGGCACUAUGUUGGCUAUUAAUAUGUUGUGUUUUGUGAAGCUCCCCUUCUGUAGGUCUUUAAACACCAUAUCAUAUGUAGGUGCACCAAAACAAACUAGGUUGUGUGUCUCUGUUGACAAAAACCUCUUUAAUCCAGUGUAGAAUUUCUGAGUGGAACAGGGAGGGAAGGAAGGAAGGAAGGUGACAUUUGCAUAUUCAUUCCCUCCUCCCAUGUAGCCCCAUCAUGGUCCCCUUUGGUUCCCUUGGAGGACCUUAUGAACAAUUUGGCAGGUGAUGCAAAUGACUGCAGUGAGGGGGUGAAUCAGCAAAAAUAGCUUCCUCCUCAUUCUACUGAAUUAAAAAAAUCUUCCAUUUGUGGUGGGACACCAUUGGAUACAACCCAGUAAACUUAGUUUCCUUUGCCAAGUAACCAUCAACAGCCCUGAUUUAAUCUACCCAAUGUUUGUUGCAUUCUUUCAGAGAAAAAACUAUGAUGUCUGACCACAAAGCCACUGCCAGCUAUCAAAUUAGUCUCAGAGAACAUUAGUAUGGAACAGGAAUACAUAAUGCAGCUUAAUAUGUCUUUGAAACCGAGGAAUAUUUUAUCACACUUCUUCCCAAUAUGAUCUCAUAAGUACAUUUCUCACCACACUGUUAAGUCAUCCCAUUCUUUCCUUGGGUAUUGGCAGAAAGAGGCUACCUGUGUGGAGGUGCUGAUGCUGCCAACUUUGGCCCUAUGUCUUGUCUUGUUCUACAGCUCUUACCUUCUGGCCACAGGGGGCACCUGGCUCCAGCUGUAGACUUCUAACUCAACAGCUAGAAUUCUUAAUAGAGAAUUUGGGUCUGCAUUUGUAGUAAACACUGUGUAGAAAAAAAGAAGGGGCAGCUAAGCACUGUGGUUUUUUGCAUUUGCUUUAUAUGGUCUGUUUCAAUAUAUUCUGCCUCUGUAAACAUCCUAAUGUUUUGCUUCUGAAUCUUAUGAAGUAUUUUUAAUGUUGAAUAGAUACAUUUUUGCAGCCAUUCUCGCAUUUUCAUCUGCCUGCUUUCCAAUACGAAAUGGGCCAAGCACAGCUGUACUCGCAAAAUAACAUAUAUCUUUGCGUCCUUACAUUGUGUUUUGAUUUUUCACAGCAUGCCAUGCCAUUCUGGAGGAUCACAAGUCACUCUGACCUUAUGGCCCUUCAUCAUGCCUUGGAACUGGAGUACUUAUAGUAGCACUUUGUAACCCCAGAACUUCCCUUGCGCCCAUGGACAGUGUGCCUGCAACUUGUGUCAUUGCUGGGCUACAGAAAUUUGUGAUUUCAUCAUGUUGAUGUACAGCUGCAACUGGUCUCAACCUUUGCCCUAGCAGUAAAUGGAGGAGCAUGUCUCUCAUCUUCAGAAACAGCUGUUGAUUAUAGUACUGUGAAUCUAAUGAAAACAAGCCAUGAUGAGAAUGUUUAACAGUGUGUCCUUAUCACAUUCACCACAUUGAAACGUUGGUACCUGUGAAGAGACUGGGAAGUGCUUUGUGGUUUCUAGAAUCUUCAUUGUGGCGCACAUACACCUUCUUAAAUACAACAAACUUGAUUGCACAACAAAAGACUGAGCUUUUUCUUUUCUUUUUAAGAAUCCCAUGCAUACAUUUCUUGAAAACGUUUACUUUCCCCCACCCCCACCCCUCUCUUUCUCUCUCCCUCUUUUAGUUUCUCAGACCCAGGGUACUCUGUAAAUCUUUACUUAUUUAUGAACAGACUCUGUUUUGGCACCAUCACCUAAAUGUGGAAAUGUAUGAUAAAUGAAAGGCUGUAAUGAGUGUUUGCCUUCUGAUAACAAAUUGAUUUUGAAUUUUAGCACAUUGCAAAGUAGUUUAAAGUAUGUCUAAUUUAAGCAAAUAGGUACAUCACUGAGACAAUCGUGUACAGGAAGAAUGUUUUGGUGUAAAUUUGUAAUGAAUGGAUGACGUUUUACAUAUUGUUUAGGCAAAUACUAUUGAAAGGUAGUAAUGGCUUUUUGGUGAAAUAUGAGGCAGUGUAUGCACAAACUAUUGUGCUGUGCCUUAUGAAAGUAUUGUGUAUAAAUAUGUAGAUAAUUGAUUUUUUUUUAGAUCAAUUUGUCAAGACCAAAAGCAUGGAUGUCAAGUGUCAAUAAGGAAUCACUUUUUAUUCUUUCUGUUCUUUCUUCUGGUUUUUUCAUUGGCAAAUCUAUUAUAUCUAAACAUACCUCCCCUACUUGCACCAUGCCCAUCAUGGGCUUCUUGUUUACAUUUUGUACUUGCCUAUAAGUGCAAAAUAUAUGGGCCUCACAUCAGGUUAGAAUGGUUUACGUGUUUAAAUUGCCAGUUUUCUUGACAAAAUACCUAUGUUUGAUGAAGGCUUGAUCUGGCUCUGUUUCAGUGUGUUUUGCCAAAAGAAGCAGCAAUUUAAAUACACAUGUGUACUUUCAACUGAUGUCAUUUUUUGCUCAGGUAUUAUACCUGAGUAUAAAUGGUAUAUUGAAGUGAUCUCUUUCGUUUAAUUGGCUUUAAUUUAGCUUUACUGCUAAACACUGAAUGUGGGGUAAGUAAAUAAUUUAUCUGUUGAUUCCCCCCCCCCCAAAAAAAGGUAGAGAACUGGGUUUUUUAAAAGUAUGUCAUGUAACAUAUCUUGACUUUUUGAAAAAUCGGAACAAAGUGUUCAUGCACUGAAAAACUAAAACUGAAUGCAACCACUUUAUUUUCAAGUGCAAAGGGAGAGGUCUUUCUGAGAUCUAGUGAGUACAUACUAAAUUAACUAUGGCUCAUCAGAAACUUAUUGCCAUCUCGGUCCCUUUCUUCUCAAAAAAGUAAUAUUUUUUUGCUUGAAUAUUUAAAAUUCUUUAAACCUCACACAGAUCUGUUGAAAAACGGGCAGAAUGUAAUGACAGUUCUAGUUUCACAAUGAGCAGCUGUCAAGCAAACUGAUGUAACACUGUGAUAACCUAGUAAAAUAUCAGGUGGAUGGGGCAAAGCAUGGCUGUGAGUGUUGGUUUGCAUUAGCUGUUGAAACAGUUCAUGCCCCCAGCCUCCCCUACCUUUAUUGUGAGAGUACCCCCCCCCCAAAAAAAAUGUGGCUUACAGUAAGUAUUGAAAUUAUUAUGCAGCUCAAAAAUAAACAAACACUGAUUUUGUAAAACCUUCAAACUUUGAGUGUGAGAAUUUUGGCACACAAUUCUUUUACCUUUAGGCCCACAGUAUGAAAUUAGAAACUGGCAAAUGUCUGGUGCAUCCUUAAUUUUAACCAGGAACCAGAUUUUUCUAUUGGUCCAUUGCCGGCAAUGGGCAUAGUAAAAAUAGUCAUUGCCAAUUUUGUUAAGACUGUUUGUAACUAGCUUCUAUUACAUUUGAACUGUUCCCAUCUUCUGUAACAUAUGAAGAUCAUGAACAAUCUAGUCACUUUCUUUAAAUAUUAUCAGUGUGAUUCUCUUAACCAUGGUUAACAUCCUCUUCCCUCCCCAGAGAGAAUUCCUCCCUCCUGCUGAUAACUGGGGUAAAGGAAUACAUUAACAUCAAUGUCAUUAUGGUUAGGGGUAACCAGUUUCCUCAGUUGGGUUUACUGGGCUGCAAUCCUACACUCUUACCAGGGAGUAAGCCCAAUUGAACCCAGUGGGAUUUAUUUCUGAGUACAUGCACAGGAUUCUAUUAAGGUGGAAAUGUCAGAUUUGCAGAUCAGAGGGUUGGGAGAAGGGAGUACCUGAUCCUGCAACCUGCCCCUAAUCUUGUAAAUGUGGUUAAGGGAAGGCCUUUGAUACAGCUGCAUGUGGUUUAUAUGGCUCCCCCACCCCCCCCUUUUUUUUUUUGCCUAAACCUUGGUACUUUUUUUCCAUUGGUGUCUUUCUUAGACUUCAGCAGCAGUUAUUUUAGUCCUUUCUUAAAGUUCUUGUUGUUUUUUGCGACAUAAACCAGCUUUUAAGCCAGCUACAAGCAAACAUAGUAACUGUGAGGUAAACACCCUAUUUUUGUGGAAGAUGCAUACUGCUGCUACACUUUAUAAUUAUGUUAUGGAUUGUUUCACAUGGUUUGAUUUUAAAUAUGCCCCCCCCCAGCCUUCAAUAACUUUAUGUACCAAGAGCAAUCCAAUUCAGGGACUACUCACAGUCUGUAAAGUUUAGCACAUAUACACAAAUCUUUUAAUGACAGGGGCUGUAAUUAGUUUUUCCCCCUUUUUUGCUUUAAGCAAAAUAGAGAUGAACUUUCCCCCCUUUGUUUCAAUUUUUUGUAGUCAACAUGCUGACUAAAAAAAAAGUUUGUCUGGGCCUUAUUGUACAAAAAGUGUGUUGUGUCCACAACUGUGUACAGAAAUUUUCCUUCCUUCAUUUUGUGUUUAAAUUAAUAAAAUUGAUUUGUGACAUAUUAAAGAGUUUUAUCUU